CUUCCCUCCUCGUCUGUACUGACUGAAAUUAUGUUGCCCAGUAUUUUGUGUGUGAUAUUUUUCAGCACUUUGCACGUGGUAUCAUCUUCGGAGCUGCAGCUUGGCAUGUGAGUAACGUGUUUUUGGUUUUAAUUCGUUUUCUGUGUUUUAAUAGACUCUUAUUAGAUUUUUGUGGUUCGUGAAAGGCUAAUGAAUGAGAAAGUUUUCACUCCAACGAUAAAAACAACAUACCUCGUAGUCAGACCACUAGCCAGUUUUCAGACAGGUAUGAGCACAACCUAAGUUUUGCAAAGAAAUAAUGUACUUUUUUUUCUGCACUCAUAACUCACUUUCGUUAAACAUCCACUAGGUGUCGCUCUUUCGGGUCCCUUGUGAAGAGUGAUGGGGGUUUUAUGGCACUGUCAUAACUUGCUUCUGCAUAAUAGCUUUCGGUGGAAUGUGAUUUGUUUUGUGGCUUGAGUACUUUGCCAGAGGUUUCUCAAUCCAAAUAGACUGUGCUGGACACGAGUGAAGGAAUCGUUUUCAGAACCAGAGAAGCAGAAUACUUCCUCUAAUUAACUUCUGCUGUACUGAAACCAGAUGUUUUAUGUUGCAGGACACCACAAAUUUAGGAUACAUUUAACAACACAGAUUGCUGUACAAUAACCCCCCCCCCCCCCCAAAAAAAAAAAAAUAAAUAAAUAAAUAAAUAAAUAAAUAAAAAUAAAAAAAUAAAAUAAAAUAAAUAAAAAGAAAAAAAAAACAAGAAAAAAAACUUUUAAAUGGAAAUGUACACAUUGGCGCAUGCAUGUACAAGACUGUGCAAACAUUUAUGGGAAAACAACAUGCCCCUGAAAAGUUAUUGCUUCCUUAUUUCCUGCAAUAGGGGGUCCAAUCCAUGUUUUGUUUUUUUGCAACAACCAGGGAGAAAUGUGAUUGUUUGACAGGGUGUUGGAUGAGCAUGAACAUGUAUAGAACAUGUGUAAGUUCAUGUCUGUCAGAACACAGACCUUGCAUAUUCUCUGCGGGAGGUUGAGACCACCAAAAGAAGUGUUAUUGCCAGCUGGAGACCCACUUUACCGAAGGAAAAAAAAAAGAAAUACAAGACUGACAGGCUGGUCAUUGUAGUAGUAUGGUGUUCUCAAAAGCUGUUUCUGAAUUGAUUGCUGAAGCCCAAAGCAAAAUGAUUCCUUCUGUGUGCCUAUGUUCAUUUGUGGGUUUAUAUUGCACAGGCCAAAUGUUUGUGCUGACCAGGAGAUGUCCAUGUUGGGGAGCCGUCAGCCUUGUGUCCAGGCUUUUACCCGCAUGGUCAAAGUGUGGAAGCAGGGCUGCACCAGCCACAGUUGGUGUAUGAGCUAUGAGAGAAGGUAGGAGCAAAAAGAGUUUGACAAUGCACACUUUAUCACUGACCCCUUCCAUAAGACGUGAAAGUAGAAGCAACUCAGUAUCAACAAAUAACUUCAUCACUAUAACAGAAUUUCUCCUUCCCAGGACAGCAUAUUAUACAGUGUACAGACAGGUAUAUAACAUGGAUUUGCACACAGUCUAUAAGUGCUGCCCAGGCUGGACUCAGAAGGGUGAAGAGGCUGGGUGUCUACAUAGUAAGUUAUGGCAUUUUACUCAUUAAUAAAUGAUAGUUCUUGUGUUGAUUAAUCAUGACACAGUUUUACCUGUGUGACGUUUAUAGUGCAGUAUAAUAACUAUGAUAGUUAAUGUUAAUUAUAUAAGACAUGAAUACAGCAGGCAUGUAUGAGAUGGAUGUAUCUGUUAUUUAUCCUGCACAAAUACACUGAUUGUGUUAUGGUGUGUCUAUUUGGGUUUCUGUAGGAGUGUGUGGCGCCAACACAUGUUUCAAUGGAGGUCGAUGCGCAGAGACUGGAGAGCAGAUUUGUCAGUGUCCGCCGGGAUUCAAGGGGACGCGAUGUCAAUAUGGUGAGUUUUGAAGAAGUUGUUCAUUCUUAUAGAUCUGUGUACCUCACUUUGCUUUGCAUAUGAUUGUACAGCUGCAAGCUCAAUGCAGCUUUGUAAGUUGGUGAGGAUACAUCCUCAGAGGCCAGCAGGUUGUUAAGAUUUAAUAGGCUGAGUUUCAGCCUUAUGCUUUCACUUUGCUGAAACUUGCUGUGCCUGUAGUGGGGCUGUGAUUGGAUGGGUCUUUUUCUAUGGGGGGUUUCUGACUAGUUAAUGGUAAAGGCACUCAUUGAGAGGACUGGUUCGCUUUGAAGGCUGCAGCCUGAAGGGCUGUGAGCAACCCAGCUGAGCCAGCACUCUAUAAAAUAGUUUAUGCACAUGAGUGUAUAGGCAGUGGCUCUUUCAUAUGGAAGAGAAAACAAAGGCAUGAACAAGGUUGUCAUUUGUUUAAUACAUCAGAAGGCAAUUCAUUCAUUGUGACAACAAUUAAAAAGAAUAAAUCAAUUUUUUCAAAAUUGGGAGAAAAUCAGAUGCUUCAUAUGGUAAUUGAAGCAAGCAACAAGCUAACCCAGCUCAACAUAAAGACUAGAAACAGUAGCAGUCAGCCUUGCUCUGCUGUUAGGCUAUGUGACAAAAUCCAUUUUUUGAAUCUCCUAAAUCUCACUCCUGUUGGCACAACGCCUUACAGUGUUUCUAGGUGUUUAAAAAAAGUCAGUGUCAAAAUGAAAACAGUCACUGCCAUAAAGCAGUAACUUCUCUGGAGGCACUCUAACCAGGCAACUGCUCGGCCAAAUAAUAAAGAUGAACUUGAAUAUAAGUAAAAGAGCUUAAGAGGUGCUGAGGUAUAAAGUUAUGAUUAAGGCUGUGUCCCUUCUUCUGGUCUUUAAGGUAAGCUAACUGGCUGCUAGCUGUAGCUAUGUAAUUGCAGUAUAGUGUAAGCUAACGGGUUGUUCAGUCCGUUGAACAAGUUGGUAUCAGUGACUACACUGUGAGGUAGUAAAUCCAGGUUAUCUUUUCCUAAGUUUGUCAUCAGGUCUUUAACUUUCUGAACUGUAUUUGUUUUACAACUCUGAAACUUAGCAGUCUGGACCUUAGCUAUGUAUGAAACCAGAGGUCUGUCCUCAUGAAAAGAUUAACCUUUACAGUACAGCUGGUGUAAAAGCUUCAUGCUCCGUUUGUCCCUGAGCUUUGUCAUGUUUCAGCCAGCGUCUGUUCUUUCUACUAUCAAACCCCUGCAGUCUAUGUCAACGUGCAAACAGGAGGAAGCUGUUAGUAUUUUGGAAAAGUCCUGCUGAGAAAGAGAGGAGAACAGAGGACACUUAGGUACCACCCCCCACAUGCUUGCAAACACGCAAACACACACACACACACACACACACACACACACACACACACACACACACACACACACACACACACACACACACACACACACACACACUGCAGAGGCUUUCCCGUUUGAUUUCUUGGCUUUCCCAGGAGGGAGGGUCUGCCAGCCAGGGGUUUUAAACAGUUCCCUCUCUUGCUUAGACAUUUCACAGGAAUGUGUCGUUGUUUGUUAGCGGUACUUCUCUCAAGUGUUUGUUUUGACAUGGCCUCUUUGGUUUUCACACAUCUGAGUGACAGAUUGGGAACAGAUAGAGAUAUGAAAUCUAAUCCGCUAUUCUUCCCGGUUUCUCUUUCUCUCAUGCACAUCCUGUCCACUGAUCCUCCUCAGUGCAGAGCUACUCAUGAGAUCUCUUCUUGUUCCUCUCUUCUUGCAAAGUGUUUUUCCUCCUUACAUCUCUUGAGGCAGAUAUUUCCUCACUCAUCUGCCAGGAUCAUCAUAAAAGGAGGAAGUCUGCCAGGUUCCGAGUUCAGCCAGGUGCCUUCACUGAACCUGUGCUCUUUGUCGAUGCAUUUGCACCACGGCUUUGUGUUGUAUAGAUUUGAGGCAUGAAGGUAUGUUAUUUUUGAUUUUGGCAAUGCAUGACACAACAAUUACGUUUUACAGUGUAAGGCUUUAGCUCAUUUACGUGUCAUUGACUGGGGAGUAAACCUCUUUGUGGACAGCUGAGGCUACUUUCUUGACUGCUUGAACAUUUGCAGAAAUACAGAGCCUUCAGGAAAAGCAGAAAACGUAUCCAGUAGAUGAUGAAAGAAAAGAUGUGAAAAUAAUCCCUGGUGGUGUUUUCUUUGACACAUAAUAUUGAGCAGUUAUUGGAAAGUACCUUAGCAGUUAGGCAGAGCAGUAUUAUAAUUUACACUGCAUAACUUGAUAUGGAUGAAACUAUCAGCCCCAAAUUUAAUAAAACAUAACACAUUUUAAACCGUGUGCCUUACGGAGGAAGACACACAAAAAUGUAUAAAUGAAAGAUGGCUGAACUAUUCAAAAGCAGACAAAGAUUCAUUUGUCAUAAAAAUCUACACCAGAAGAGAAAGAAGGAAAAAGCAAAAUAACUAUAAUAACAGUGGGUAUAAGCUUUGUAAAAAUACUGCUAAAACAAAUUAAGUUGGAAUAAAGACUGACACCCCCCAUAAUUUAUAGAUGGACAGAAUAACCAGUCAUGUUUUGAUAACAAUGGGCUCAUAAAGGGAGCUAAAUAAUACGCCUUUUUCAGAUUAGCUCAUAUUUCUCUUUAAGCAGUUUUACCCCCAAGCGUCAUUGUUGUGGUUGUCUGGAUCACACAUUCAGGCAAAAUGAGGGUGUUUUUUUUCUCCCCCCUCUAUUGGUAUUUCUUAGAUCAUGAAAAACAGGCUCAGAGGUACAUUACUGCCAUCAGCUGGACUGCAGUGGAACAAAGGAGGGUCACAAUUCAACAUUUGGGCUCAAACUACAAAAGAACUUCUCCCGAUUGCGUCUCCUCUUUCCUCCCCUAAAAACCACUGAAAUAAAUCCCAUGGUCUGAAAAGCUAGUAUCAGUGAGUACAGGAACCUUGCUGUUUGUACUCUAUGCACAGACAUGCACAUCUUAUUCCAGGAUUACAUUACAUCACCAAGGGAGACAACUGUAGCUCAUCUCAGAACCUGAAUCAUACCCGACUGGGCUGUAUAUUAUGCACUUUGACCAUCCAGAACUCCACAAGGGAAAACUGUUCAUGAUUAGAUUUGUGUUGUGAGCUUUUGCAUUCCACAAUGACAGACUUAUUACUGUCCUAGAUGGGAUUCAUGUAUGAUGGAGAAUAAGCAGAUCCGGUAGAGAGAGGAAGGAAUGUUGACCCCUGUGGAUUUAUCCUGGAGUAUUACAUUUAAGAAAACUGGGUCUGAAGUUUGGUCAUGAAGAUGUUUCACAAGCUUCCUCAGAUUUAUUGUCUGGUGUUUCCUUCAUAUUCAUCUCCUCUCCCAUGUGUUUUUGAUACUACUGUAUGCAAUGCCUAUUGUAUUGAAGUGUGGAAAUGUGUCUGCCUGUUUUUUGUGCCUUGGCUGAUUUAUUUUGGUGUUGGGUGUUGGUCAACCCGCAGAUUAACCAGUUUUUCAAUUUGAAUACCGUGCUUUUGUUGAAGCCAGAGGCAGAUAUUGUGAGCAGCAGUUUCAUGACAAUCAUAAGUCUUUUUCACUUUUCAAAAGAUCUGCACAGCUGUGUUCAUUUUAGCUCUAAAGAAUGCUGUUUUAGCAGUUUUUAAAGGAGGCUACUUGCAUUUUUAACAUUGUAUCAUCACAGCACAGUCUCUGCAAACAAAUCCAAAAUGCAAGUGAAUCUUAGUCCCAUAUUUUCACUUGAGCAGCAGCACAGUAGGAUGGUAGUUCGUGCUGUAGCAUUACAGCAAGAAAGCUUUGAAGAUUUGAGUCCCCGGCAGAUAAAGGUCCUUCUGUCUGGAGUUUGCUUGAUGUCCCCCCUGUGCUGACAAGAGGCUCUCUCUGGGUACUGAAACCUCCUCCUGCAGUCCAAAGACAUACCUCUUCAGUUAUUUGGUGACUCUAGAUUGUCUAUGAAUGAUCGUUUUUAUGUGUCAACUAUGUGAUUGACAGAAUACCCAUCCAAGGGUAACCCUAAUCCUCACUCCCAGACCCUUGACAGGACAAGCAAACAAAAAAAAGGGAAAAAAUGAGUUGAUGAAACUUCAUAUUAAUGCUAAAUGCCCUGCAAAUGUAUUGGAUUUUACUGGAAUAAACAAGUGUGUGUCACAAGUACCUCAUGUCAGCUUAAAAUGUUACAUCCUUGUUUAUUUACAGCUUCAGAUAAGUGUCUCACAGUGACCAAAGUAACACUAAUUAUAAGGGUAAAAUUAGCGGUAAAUGAUAGCAUUUUCACCGGUUGAAGAAAUCAUUCGAUCAAGAAUGUGAUUAGUUGUUGCAGGAACCACAAACCAGCCUGGAUUUUCAGCACUUUUUCCACACUUGAGUAGAGAAAGACCGUACAUAAGAGCAGUGUUAAAAAAUAGUCUGCCUCUUUUAAAAGUUCAGGUCAGAAUCCAUGCUCUCUCCCCUCCCACCCCUUUUCAGCACUCGUCAUGAAUUGGCUUCUUGAACGUCACUCUCUCUUUGGUAUCGCUGCCAAGUUGUGGUGGUAGAUCCCCCACUGCAUGUCGUGGGGGCAGACCGGCCACCUGCUUCCAAUCUCUGAUAUGAGACAGAAGGCACCGUCUAUAGAAACGUGUGUCAGCUGCUGACACCAAGGCCGUGGUGUUGACAGUGCGAGGUAAUAAACAGCCUGGAUACAGACCAAGCAUGUGCUGAGACACUGGAAUCUGCUCAGUAAUGGUUGUAUUUACCCCUGCUUGGGAAUGCCACUCUGUCUCACUCUAUUAAGGCUUGGUUAAGGCUCUGCUUUGGUUAAAUUGGUGCACGGUCUGCAUGGAAUUAAAAGAGCACAGGCACAUAACAGUGUGAAGACAGAAACCAUCUGGUCCUCACUAAAGUAGCCUGGCUGCUUACACGCUCUGUAAAGGACUUAUUAUGGAUGGAGCCUAAAACCAGGACCCUGGUGCUUUGGUGUUUGGUGGCUCGAGAAAUGUAAUAAGAUAGCUAACAGCCUCAAAUAAUUUCUAUAGUGUAAGAAAGGUAAAGGGGAUGUUGAGCCAUGUACAAACAGCCUUAUAAAAUCCCUCGCUGGAACAAUGGCUGACUCUGUAACAAUAGUUUAUGUCCUUUUAUAGAAGUGCCCUAAUAUUACACACCAUAAAAGCAUAACAGAGAAAUCUACAAAACAGAAACCUGCACAUUUUACACAAAUCACCCAUAGUGCCACAAUCAUUUAAAUCAUUUUUCUUAUUUAAAAUUGGGCUGUAUGCUGGAAAGUAUUUGGGCUCUUCUUAAUAUCUGAUUAUCAACCAGAAGUGUAGUCAGAAAACCUUAACCAGGAUUCAGUUUUUGAUUGUCAGGGUGGGACUAUAGUUAAAAUGAACAAUUUCGUGUUAAAAUAGACUUUAAAAAGAUUUCAUUUUACAUGUACAUUUUCUUUUGUUUGUACUUUUAAUAGAAAAAAAUAUAUAUUUCAUAAGACAGACAAUCGUGUGGAAAAUCAGUUCAUCAUAUUUUGCAUGCAUACUCCUGCACUUGUUGGCACUGUUCCCAUACUAUCUCCAAGUGAGCGUGUCUUUGUUUGAGAUUCCUAUUGUGACUUCAAGCAUCUUCUUUUUCAAUCUGUAAAAAAUCAAGAUUAGAAGAUCUGAAUGUUGCUUCUCUGUUGUGUCACUUCUAGAGCUAAACCAUAUCCAUAGUAUAAUCUGUAUGACACUUUGAUUUAUGUUGUUAUGAUAUGUGGGGACAAAAGUCAUCAACUGAUUUUAUCCAUGUGGUUUCACGUAGAUUGUGGGACCCCUGUGUCACCUGAUUUGAACCAAACAACAAAACAAUUUAUGGAGAGAGAUGAUCAUACAGUGUAUUUAGUUUUGACACUCAGUUUUUCAGUGGUCUUACAUCAUUCAAAUAUUAGCAGCAAUUUUUGACCAUUGGAAAAAAAAAUCUUCUUCAGCAAUGAAAGUGUUCUGGGCAGUUUUAGGAAGUAUUCCCUCUGGGGGGGUCGCUGCAGAAAACUUCACAGUUGUUGUAGUUGCAGUAUAAUCCAAAUUUCACACACGGGAGUCAUCUGUCUUCGUAUGGACUUGAGUGUUUAAUCCCUUGGACCUUGAGCUGCCUCCCAUAGGUCCAGAUCUCACCACAAUCACUGAGCUCAUGUCUGGGCAGGACUGGUUUCGUUCUCUUUUAAAGACAACAUGUGUCCAUGUGAGUAAACCUCAGAAUAUCAGCUUGUGUUGCUUUACAUGAAGUUGGUUUUCACCUGCUGAAGUAAGGAACAUCUUCAGGUUACAGUGAGGACUCAUCUUUGAUUCCUAUCUUGUCCAUCCUGACAACAGGCCGUGGUUUGAAAUACAGGCAGGAUUUUACACUGCACUGAUGUUUAUAGUAGCAUCAUAGUAUGGACUCAGGGUGGACCACAUGGAGAGAGGGUGACUCCUCACUUGUUAGCCUUGUGAGUGUCAAGAGGAAGAAGAAAGUGAGGUAAACAGGUGCCAAAUCAGGCUCUUUACUUAGACUCCCCAAGGCAUUAGGUCUUUGUUCCUGUUUGUGUAAGGACCAUGCACCUUAAAAGUCUCAAAGACACUAAAACCUUUCUCCUCAUGCUCCAAUUUUCACAGCUCUUUUGCACUAUUCAACCCUCCCUUGCUGAUGUUUGAAACAGUUACAUACUUCACAAAAACUAAUUGUUCUUUGUAAAAUGACCAGUAAAAAAAAAAGUAAAGUAAAAGUAAUUUAUGUUAAGUGCUUUUGGGUGUGGAUCAGAAAUAUUUGCAACAAAACUUUGGAAGAUGAUCUGUUAAUAUUCUGGUAAUUGUAAAUUGUGAAUCAGCUAUAAAAUUUACAAUUUUCUUCCAAUGCUGUCACAUAUUUUAGGAGCCAUUAUCAGACAAACCUGCUUAGGAGUAACAGAGGGAACAUUAUGGCUGCCCUUAACCUUGGAGCUGAGAGAAUUUAUCUUUUAAAGGAAAGUAAAAUAUUUCUAUUUCAGAUUUAUGGAAGUAAUAAAGCUCAAAAAUGCUGUAAAGACAGAACUUUGAGAUUUGGUUACAACAAGAAACUUGAAGUUUGGCCUGUGUUUUGAAAACCCAAAUAACUUCUGAGAAGCAGGGAGUGAAGACCAUGUUGCAGUAACUUCUGUGGUUGUUCUCAUAACUUUAGAACAAUGAUGUCUAAAACAGACCUGGAAAGAUCCCUAAGAUCAAGCAUCUAUUAUUCCAUAUGGAAAGUAAACCCUUCUGGAGAUCAGGUCUGUAUCAUUCUCACCAAAUUAUCUCAAACCGGAUUUGUAAAACAUUGUCUAUCAAACUAUCUUUUUUCACUGAUUUGUGUGUUUUUGUCCCUGGGCUGGUUUUCUGCAGAAGAGAACCUUAAGAUUGUAAUGCAUAGGGCUUUUGCAUGUUUGGUCCCACGUCCAAGAUAUCUCCAACCAUUAUUUGUUGUAGCUGCAGUUGUGUUUAAGUUUUUAAGGUGUGGACAUCUGAAAUCAUUCUUUUGUUUUUGUACAAAGGUGAAAAUAGGCUUCAUGAUCCCCUCUGACAGGCUGAGAUUUGCUCUGGCUUGCAGCUUUCUUGCUCCGAUUUUUGGAGGUUAUUGAAAAGGUUGACUAAUGACUGUUUCAUUAUGAUGGCUGUUCAAGGCAGCUCGCUGGCUGUCACAUGAGGGUAACAGCUGAAUAAUUGCUACUUUUCAAAUUCCUUUUUGGAUGCCCAGAACUAAACUAGAAAUAAAACAUCUAAUAAAGAUAUUUCUGAAAGCAGCAAUUUAAGAAAAUGAACAGCUGUGGAAAACUGAUUUAAAAUCCACUGCAGCUUCUGGUAGAUUGCAUCAGAGUUUCCAGUAAUAGAGACAAGCUUUUCCCAGUCCUAGAGUCCCCUUUGAGGGUUUAAUUCAGAAAUUAGAGUAAGAGAAAUCCAUUUCCACUUUUCCCUAUUUUUGCUAUGUAAAGAAGAAUUUCUGCCACACUGAAAGGUAAACAGAGGUCCAAGCGCAGACUUCCCCUCUGGGAAGACUUAAAAGACCAGGUGGUGUAUUGUUUUCAUCAAAGCUGCUAUGACAGAGUUUCAUAUCUCAUUUUCACAUGCAAUGUCGGCCGCAGCUGUUCUACUUAAGAUGCAUUUUAUUAUCUCUGCCAGGAAGGAGAUUGGAUGUGAAUUCACGACAUGGUGGAACUGAGGAGGUCUAUGGUGGAAAAGUACAGGAUGUAGUAUCAUGGACACUACGUAUCCCGUCUAAUGCCUAAAAGUAUUAUUUUUCUAUGUCUUGUGAUACUCUUCCGUGUAUCUGUCUAGAAAAAUACAGAUGCAAACGCGGCUUUAUUCUCUUGUCACUUAAUAAUAUUGCCCUCUCUUAACCGCGUGAACCAUCCUACUUACUGUUUUCAUUCCUCAAGUCUGCCAUUAACUCUGUGGACAGAGGAAUAGUCACAGGCUUGGAGGUAGCUGGUCUAACAACAGGACAGACUGGACAACAUGAAUCCUCCUUAGUUAGCAUAGCUAUCAGAGGAAGAAGCUUAUUAGGCCUUAACGGAUACCAUAUGGAAGUUUUCACACUCCAAACAAGCCCACUCUCAUCUCGACAGAUGCAUUUCAACACAGUUAUUUACCAGUUGAUUAGCUGAUAGGGAUCGUCUUAGUGUCUCAGUGGGUAUACUCCUAUGAAUUUAUGUAAACUAAGGCAACUGUCAUCUUUAUGAGGUUGAAUUGAAUUUGAAUUGAAAGUGCAAAAAGAAAUCUCCAGAGCUGUCUGAUACAAGUUUGUACAACAAAACUAUCUUGUUCAUUUUUACUCAAAGAGUGAAAACACUAACAUAUCUUCAACAUGAUUUCACUCAGUGUAAGCAACAAGAUGACUUGAGUCUUUUAAAGCAAGUCAACAAUCUGUUGUGCGAGUAUGAAAUAAGGCUACUGACAAUGACCCUUGACUUUCACCAAAAAACAAAAUGAACUUUUUUAACCCUCAUCAGUCAGAACACCACAUACAUAUCCAACUCUUCCAUCCAGGCAGCAGCUGUUUGGAUGGAAGACAAGAGAAAGAAGUUUCUAGUUUGAGAUCUGCUUUUGUCCUACGGGGAAUUUUGUUAAUAAUAAAAUUUAUGAACAUGGCAAACAGGACUGAAAUGUGUAACUAAGACCAUAUGAUACGUGGUGUUUCUGAGAAACAAAAGAAUCUAGUAAUUGACUAAGAUGUUGUUCCAUGAUAAACUAUUGACAUUGUUAUAAUCCAGGGCAGAAACAAAAUCCAUUUUCUAUGGCACUUCUUCUGCAGAACAAUCUUUCAUAGCACAAACUAGGGUUCAUCUUUGUCAUCACAAUCAGCCCAGAGGUUUUCUCUUUUCGCUUCUGCUGGAAGAUGCCAAAUAUUCUUGAAGCCGUUUGAGAAAAAGCUAUAAAUCUACAGCCAGGUUUCAUCUAGUCUGUGGAAAAUAUUUACAGUCUUAUCUAUGGGUGAACUGAACAGGAUAGCCCUUCCAGAUGUAGACGGUAAAGGUUGGCAGAGACUGUUAUGAAGAUAUAGGCCAACAAUAUUCAACGCUCAAAACAGAUGAUUUAGUGUACUGAAUUCUUAUCAUCACUCAAGUUGUAGUGUCAACUCGUUUGUAGAUUUUAAGUUAUUUAAAAAAAUGUAUGGCUAACAUAGCUGAGCAAUGAGGUUGGGGAUAAAUUUUCUCUUUUAUAUGUAGAGCGUCAAUCAACUGGAACUGGCUCAAGUGUUCUGAGUUCACAUGCUUUUGCCCAGAAGUUGAAUAAUUUGAAUUUGUUGCUAGAAAGAUGAAGAGUAAACAAAAUCCUUAACAGAUGAAGCAAGGAUGUAAAAAGAGAUGAAACUGUCGUAUCGUAUGAGAAAAGGUUUAAAGCUGUAAAAGUGACAGUGUUUCAAUCAUUCAUUGCUUUAGGUUUUAGUAUAUAGUUUUAGUAUGUUAACUGGGAAAGGACCUGUCAGCACCACCACACACCAUAGCAGAAGUGGACAUGCUUCUGUCAGUAAUUCAGUUCUUUCCUGGUGCUAGUAAACUGGUACAAGGACAGAGCUCAUAAACACUUGAUCGAGCUAUAACUAAAGCUCGACUUUGCCCUGCAUGUAACUGUGUAUAUUUAAGUAAACAUCAGCAGAAGAGGCGUAGGACUCACAGCAUCAACUGGGUCAGCUGGUUUAGUUCUGAGAAUAUGGUCCGAUUUGUAGAACAAGGGGAAUUUGUCCCUCUCAUUAGUGGACCCUGUACUUUUUCCAAGCUGGUCUGCUGUCAGUUUUCCGCCCAACAUUGCUGACACAGUGGUGAAAGCCACUCUCGUUCAUGACUCAGAAGUCUGUCAACUUGUGUGUUUUUGUGAGUGACGUCUAAAAUUGGACAAUUGUGCUCACCUGCCUAAAUGUCAAUGAGGCAUUUGACUUCCUCUCUGCUGUGAGUCGACUUAUGAUUGAACUGGCUAAUGUUGGUGUCUUGUUUCCUACCAUGCAAAGUACAACCACCAUGACCAUGAUGGUGUGUGCUUUGGCCUACUUUACUGUAUUACAGUGUAAACACAAAAGUGCCUUCUGGUUAUUCCAUGCUAAAGAGUGUGAAUAUCUGUUGCUUUUUUAGGGUGAUGUACAGUAUUUCACAAGGUAAAGUCUCACCUCUCUAAAAAAGGAGCAGCAGUUGUCAUCAUUCAGGUCAUUUUUCUACACUGGGCAGAGACAUAUAAAAUUUUUAUUAAUGCUUCCAAACGGCAAAAGAGGAAACAUAUGCGCACAGCUAGAGAAGAAACUGUGACCCACCAAGACUGUCCUUUCUGAUUUGAUCACACAGUCUCUUAAAACCCCUAUUAUAUUAGGGAAUAAAUUUCGUGUUGAAAGAACAAAUGGGAAACAUAUGAGCUGCUGUGGUAAAAUAGUGAAGGCCUGCAGCCAUGUGGUCCAAAUGUACAGUUGUUCUUACAUGAAUAGGUUUUUUUUUUUAAAGAAAGUGAAAACCUCUAACAGUUCAGUCAUAUUGACCCAUAAAACAGAUAAUUAAACACUUAAGACGUGAUACCAAACCUUUAUGUGCCCUCUCUCCAUUAUUGUGCGGUUGAAUGAGAGCCUAAUAAAACCCUCACAGUACUGAAGACCAUGAUUGAUGCUAUCCCUUUCUCCAGCUAGCUGUUCAUCUCAUUCAGUUCAACAUCUUGAAAACAAUCCCACUUUAGUCACGUCUUUAAAUGCCGCUGAGCUCAUUGUUAAAGCUUACUUUCCUGACCGUGACAGGUUCCUCAAAGCACCUCAGCUGUCUGUGGGUGACCUUUGACACCCGAACUAGUUCACAGGAUCUUGAGUUUUUCUUAACAGCACUUGGUUGAGCUAUUGUCUUUCUGCUUGAAUACUCUUUCAGAAAAAAAAAACAAAAACUAAGUAUUUCUCUGUCAUGGUAGCCAACCCGCAUCGUACCAGUUUAUGCAACAGGAGAUAUUGAAGAGCAAGAAAAAGUAUUAUCAUGGUUUAUAAUUUGAACUUCUUUGAGUCGUGAAGAUGAAAGCAAACAAGAGGCUACAGCUGCGACAGCUGCUAGCAUUUAAAAAUGGCUCAGUUGCGUAAACAUAUGUAUACAGAGGCAAGUUAACUGGAAAUCCAUCUAUUCCUGUGGGAACCUCUAGGAUAUGCAAUGAGGCUGUGAAACUGUGUCUAGCCAUAAUGUUUCAGUCUGUAAUCUUCUCAGAGUAUGUGAAAGAAGGGAACUUUAGUGGUGAAUGUCAGAGAAGCCAACAGUGCGCUAACUUGACAGCUUUAUCAGUCACUGAACAAAAUGAUCCUUUCCAUCACGACUACAGGUGAUCAGGUUUCUUUUCAUCCUUGAAGAAAUUAACUUCCCUAUGUUGAGGCACUAAAGGUAUCAUUUAUUUAGUUAUGGAUAUAUUUACAUCAGUCAAGCGGAAAUGAGGUGUAAGGUGUAAGCCACUGAACUGUGCUCAAGCGAAAUGCUUAAGUUGCGUGUUCAUAUCCACAAGAAUACCAGGCAGGUAGUCAGCAGAAAAAAUGUUCUACCUUAUUCAGUGUUUUGUGUCAUGUUGACGGACUGACUUUGCUCAGUGAAGUUGAUGAGGAUGUUAUUUUUGACAUGGAUGUCAUUGGCAGCCUCAUAUAGCAAAGAGGUGAUUACAAUUGACCAAAUAUGACAAUGUUUGGACACAAAUCCGAAGAUUUAUCCAAUGGUUACUGAUAGUUUGAAACCUUGAAUGUCAACCUCAUGGUGGCACAAGAUGAAGCAUUUAAUGGGAUCACCAAAGUCCGUAGGAUAUCCCCUGGGCACUACGAAUAUCUCACUGAAAUCUGGUCACAAUCUAUGGAAUAAUUGUUUAGAAACUGUACAACAAACCAAAAACAUCAGCCUGCAAGUUGCACCAUGUGACCAGCAAAGCCCACAGGAUUCAUCAUCAUGGGAAUAUUUCUAUUUGCAAUCCAUCUAAAAGGUUGUGAGAAAUUUAGACUGUUCAAAUGUGAUUAACCACCAGACGGACCAACCAGACCAACCCCAAACUGACCUGAGUCAAAUCAUGAGCUCAUAAAGUGUAGUGGCUGAUAAGAUAAUUUGAUCAAAGCUACACACUGAACAUCAAACACUGUGUUUGUUGUGUGUCUCUGUCUCUGUAUCUCAGUGUGUACCUGGGCUGACGUAAAAAUUUGAAACAAAGAGUACAUAGACACAUCACAGUAGACGUGCAGGUCAUUAGACGGCUCUGCUGUUAAAGUCUGAUGUACAUAAAAGAAGUAUGACACUCUUUCUUUUUAUAAAAGCUCUUAGUUAUUCCCCUCUGUUUUGUCUGGACAGCCAACCUCCCAAUAUGAUGUCUUUUCCUUAAGUGUUAUUAUCAUACUUGUGCUUACUAAAGUAUAUUUGGUAGAGUGAAUUCUUGUCUGAAUUCAUUUGUUAUUUUGGGUUUUUUGGGGGAAUAAAGACAAAAAACUAGUAAGGAAGAAACUUUUAAAUCACUUUUGGUUAGAGUAUCAGUUCCCACCACUGAGGUCUGAAAUCUAAGCCUUCCACAUUCAUUGAACAGGGUUAGGAGAGCAGCAAUCCAGCAGAGGACUGCUGAUUCAGUUAUUGAUCUUCACUUUCUGUGUAAUGUUUUUGACAGAAGGGAAAAUGACAGAUGGUUGCAGGUUUAUUGAUUUAUGACAGCACUCACAGUACUUCAAACGCUUUUAUUUUUUAAGAGAGGAAGAGUGUUGGUCCUUUGAGAGGUUCGAAAGUGGAGGCAGUGUACUGUAGAGGACAAGUAAUGUCAAAAACACAUAAUGAGAAAGGCAGGAAUUGAAACUUGGUGGCCAGUGUUUAUCUGCAGAGAACACAAGAAUAUUCAAGCAGCUGUUGGUCCUCUCCAUGACAUGAUGGGAAACCAUUAUCAUCGCAUUUAUAAACCUAUGGGAAAGCAACACUUUCCACUUGCUCCUGAACAAUCUAUUAUCUCAUCAAGUGAUAUUUUUAAAUUAAUCCAUCUGUUGUCAAGUCAGGUCAAGUCGAGUCACGGUAAUUUUUUGCACAUUUAAGACUACAGGAGUAGCUUCUCAGAGUGUAUGCUAUUCAAACCCUGCCAGUAAAGGUGUAUAUGAUAAAAGGAGUGAUGCAAUAAAAGCAAUUACAAGUAGUAACCCUAAUAUUAAACAAAAAGCUUUUAUCUAAUUUUAGCAGGUCUGCUUAUAUUUCAUUCUUUAGAGUUUAAUUCCAAAAGUAUUACAAAAGAUAAAACAUAGUUUAAUCUUGAAUGCUUGGUUAAAGAGUCAUUGUUCUAACAAGAUAUGGAUUCUUGUUCUUGUUUCAAAAUACUCACUAAUAUAAUAUUACAACAAUUUAAUAGAAGGCCAGAGUUACUGUACAUAAUAGAUGAGUAAUCUGUAGCCAAGCCACAAACAUCUUCCAGAAAUCUGAUUUAUGAUUUUGGUCUUAAAUUCAGGCAGCAAUAUACUUGAGUAUUUUUUUCCUUUGAGGAGACACAAUAUUUUUUGAUAUUGAUAUUUUGUGAUAUUUUUUGUCUUACGUUGGUAGGGGAAGGUCCCGCCUCCUAGGUCCCGCCUUGGCUAGAAAAGCUGGAAAUGUCCUCACACACGCAGGCUGUCGCCUCUGUACAUCGAACAGAACAUUAUAGAACAUUAUCGCAAUUCUGAAUCUCCUAACCCUAACCCUAAUCCGGCAGACAAUGAUAUUUCGCAGUGGUACGCAAACUUUCACCCCUGCAAUGUAUGUAGGCUACAUUUGGUUACUGUGUUGCCGCACGUCAGUCUGCACUCUGCAUUGUAACCGUAGUAAUCCAAUAGGAUCAUGCUGCUUGCGAGUGAGUCGUAUUUGCUUCCGUAAACAAACAAACACCGGAAGUAGGAGCGAUCAGUGCACACUUUUGAUUGGACGCUGGUUGCCUAGGCGUUGGGGACUGCCUCCCGCCUUUUCCGGAAGGAGGGACCUUUUAAAGAGACAGCUGCUUCAAUCUUAAUGCAGAAAUGAACCUAAUGCGGAGGAAAUUUGAUUUUAUGUUUAAGAGGAAGAGAGAUGUAGCAGAUGAUGAUACUGUGGCAUCAGAGACCACGGCACCUCGUUAAACUUGGGUGUACUCCUCUAGUACAAAGCCUAUGGGUACAGUACCUGCAAGAACCUUAUCCUACUUUCAGCCCUGGACGCAAGGCAAACAAGGGAGGCAUUUUUGAUUGUGGGGGACUUCUAGCAUUGGUCUCCAAAUGGUAGAAAUCCCUUUCACAUCAUGCUUUUUGCAAAAUAUGGCUUGCUACCAAGAUCAAAUUUUCAAACUAACUUCGAUUCACUAAAAACAUUUUGUUCUUAUUUAGCUUCUCUCUGCGCUUGGCAUCCUGAUAAUGGUUGUAAAUAACCCUGAGCCAAUAUGGAGAGCUCAUUAAGGCACCCAGGGGCUGUGGGAUCAAAGUGGGGAUGUGUAAGAAGGCAGUGCCCUGUGGUGACAUGUCUGUCUCUCCCUCUAAGAGUAAAUGAAAAGUGCAGAGCUGAGUUGUGUUCAAGAGUGUGCAUGCAGUUUUCAGGGUCCUGCAGAAGGUUUCUACCUCCCACCCCUGUGGUGAAGGGCAAUGCACUAAUUACUGUGUGAGGGCAUGCAAGAAGCUGAGGCAGGACACUUCACUCGAGGAGGAUAGCACAUUCCUAACAUUGCAUGCAUGUAACCCUGACAAGACAAUUAGCUAUUGAAAAAGUGAAAAGAACAAAAAGAGUGGGCACUACAGAGCGGCUAUAUUUCCUGCACUUCCAAUCACCUUUCACUGAAGUUCACUAAUUGAAGUCUUCCUCUCCAGAUGACUCGGUCAAAGCUGCCUGCCCUUAGAAACCAAGUGUGGGUGUGGCCUGAAAUACAAAUAUGGCGACCCAUCCUUAGUUUCUGAGGUUUGGCAGAACUUGACAGGUUACUGUAAAGCCAUUAUUUGCAGUAUAGUGCUCUACACCCCUGCUGAGGAAGGUUAUUUUUCUUUUCCAAGCUUGCUGCUGGAUCUUCUAAAAUCUACAUUUCAUGAAUUUGGCUUUGAUGACUUUUAAUAAGUAUAGCAAAAAAAGAGAGACCCUUCGGCGAUUCCUCUUUGCUGCUGAUCUGGUUUGUUUCACCAUCUGUAAAAACUCAGCUCUUAUCUCGUCAUUCCUGCAGGGAUGGUGGAUGGAAAAUACAGUAUGUGAUUAUUAUGAUUCAGCACCGCUCGUCCAAAAUCUCUGUGCUUUGCAUCACAUGUAUUAAAACAAUCUGAUUGUAGCUUUGCAAGAACGCAACUCAAAGUUCAGCUGGAGAUGGUUUCGUCCAGAUAGUUUGCUGUAGUUUCUUGACAGUAUCUCAUGCCUUGUUUUUUUCACAUACUGCUUUUAUCAUAGCAAUUUUUGAACAUGUAUAUUUAUGAGCACAGAUGGUGGAAGGGACAUUUUAUCUGAGCAAUACGGGUUGUUAAUCAAACCCUGUUGUCUGUGCAUAAUACCGGCCAAUCUGUCCACACUCCAUGGGUGUCUUUUUGACUUCAGAAACAGAUGAAAUCCAAGGAAGUCUGAAGACCCUGAAUGAACCAAGAGGAUACUCGAGAUAAGUUUACACAUUGAGCAUGCUGAACCCCGAAACAGAAAUUGUUUUCAGGUUUUUUUUCCAGAGGGGCAUUUGGAAUACAUCUUUGUUGGCUUUUCCUUUGUUUUGUUUUUUUGGCAACUGUUGAACUGUAUGUGUGCCUUAUGUUAACUUUUACACGAAUACCCCAAACACCAGGAGAUUUAAAGCCUAAACAACGGUUAAUUAAUGGCUUGUUAAUGAUCAGGUGCACAUCCGUGUUUAUGAAAGAAGAGCUGUAGGCAACUGUGCUAAAUAACUAUCCUCAAUUUAUACACCCUGAUUACAGGCAAACCUCCAUUUGUCAUAUGCUUUUGAUAAAGCCUUUUGUUUCUGUAGAGCUUGCCACUCUUCACCCCUCACUCUUUUUUCCCUAAAAUUAUUUCUCCAAGUUUAGCUUCUGAAAUGUCCUGUCAUUCAAAGAUGAAAAUAAUUACUGUUGCUCAACCAACUCAAAUCUAAGAGGUCUUAUUAAGUCCUUUAACAGAUGGGGACAAAAUACUAAAUAACUUUUCCUUCCUUCUCUGACAGGGGUGUCCAUCCAAGUGUUAUGCAUUUCUCUGUCAAGACCUUCGUUUACUAAAGCAAACAUAAAAAAAAAAUGUGACAUCUGUGAAAAGGUUUGACAGUGUUUCUGGUUUGUGGAUUUGUACAGUGGCAAUGGCAGCAGCUUUAUCUGUUUUUCCAAGUAAUGGAGAGAAGUUUACUCAAAACUCUUUGGGAUGCUUGGUCAAAAACAGUGUAAAUGCAUACAUGUGAAUAAUGAUUAUAUUGAACUCAAAACACAUCUGUUCCAAAUUGCAUAUUCCCUUUAACUCUCCAUCUUCAUACCUGUAUGUUGUUUUUAUUUAUUUUAACUGUGUUUUAACUGUGUUCUUAAUGCCCUUUACAGUGUCCUUGGGUGUCCAGAAAGGCACUUUUAAAUAAAAUGUAUUAUUAUUAUUAUUUUUAAAAGAGUAAUCAAAGGUUUAACACAAUACACACAUACAUUCACAGACACACAAACGAACAUAAAAACAGUCAUAAAGCUAAGAUUUCUUUCAAAAUCAUCAUACAAAGUUUAAACAAGGACCAAGCCUGGAACCGAUUUCACCCUCUGGGAGAAAAACAACAUGAACAACAGAAAGACCUCAGAGAUCUUAUGUUGUGUAAAGAGUUAACACAGGCUGGUUUUUAGAUUCCUUCAAAUGACAGUUCAAGUGCUGACAUGUGUUUUAUGAAGUAGUAAAGCAGCACAGGGGGUCACUGUACAUUUCUACAUGGCGAUAAGUGAAAAUAAAAACUGAUACAAUGAAGUGUUGAGAGGAAAAGAAAAAGAAAACAUACCAAGGAAUUCCUAAGAAAGCUGAAAGCUGGAAACCUUUGUUGGCUGUGCUUUAUGUCAGUAAAAUCAGCCUUUUUAAAUCUUUUUCUUUCAGACAUUAACGAAUGUGAAGCAGGUAACGGUGGCUGUGAGGGGUUCUGCUGCAACACUAUCGGAAGCUACUACUGCAAGUGUCCUGGAGGCAGUAAACUGGGGCCAGAUGGUAAAGCAUGUCAAGGUAAGCUGGACAUCUGGAUGCAGCUGUAAAGCACAUACACAGACACAGUGUAGUAGCCUGUCUGCCUGUUGUUUUUUUUUAGCUUCUUGUCCCGUUUAAAGAUUUUGAUUAAUGCUUGAAGAAAAUUAAUUUGUGUUAAAUAUACCUAUAAUGUAAAAAUGUAAAAAAAUAUAUAUACAAAAAAUACAUGCAUGCUUUAGAAACUGAAAUGAACUUAUAUGUGAAUUUCAAACAGCAUUACGUUACAAUCCCCACUUUUUAUACAUAUUCAGAGGCUGUUAUACCUGACUUCUUUAAAAAUCCCUCAUGUGUAUUAGUUACAGAUUUGGGACCGAACAGUAAUUGUAAAUUCUGAAUAGCAAAUGUAAAACUAGAGACAAUCUGGUCACAUAUGUUACACAUAUGGACUUACUCUGCAGAGAGAAGUUCUAGUGUACUGUUAGUUUUCACCUCCUCCUGUUGGCAUAGUGACGAUGUUGCUUCAUGUUGGGGUCUUGUCUUGUCUUGGAGGAACUGUAGUUCGCACAAAAACACAUUGCAGCAGAUGGGGUGCCAUCAGUGUUAUCUUAUCCCACCCACACACAUGCCAGUAGUGAUUUGGGAUUCAGUGUUUCAAAUAAAAUCCAUUAAUCAUCAUUCUAUUCUGCAUCUUUUAUUGGGUAGAAAAAUAAGGAAACUCACAAAUCUCUCAAUGUUGAUUUGAAUGGUCGCAGGUUUUCAUAGUAAACGUUUGAUCACUUCCUCCUCUUAAAUUUAAAAAGAGAUUAAGUGCUUGGGCAGUAUAAAAAGUAAGUCCCCCAUAUAAUUGUAUUUUUAGUUCUACACAUUUUGCAUGACACGUUUCAGAAAAUAGACUCAGAUGCAGAGAAAAGACCAAAGACAAAAAAAAAAUGCCCAAGUCAAAGUUCUUUACUUGAGAAAAACUAGCAUCCAAAAGUCUUCAAAGUCCAACAAAAAUAGGCAAACAUAAACUGGCUCCAAAAAGGCUUGAACAGGAUGGACACACUAAGAGACAAAGGUAAUCUGGCAGAGGGCUGGUGAAAACACAUGGCUUAUAUACUCAGGUGAGGGUGAUUACAUAUCAGGUACAGGUGAGUGAUUAAAAGGCAGGAAGAGAACAAAGACAGGAAGUAAGGUAGACAUCAACCAAAAGCAAUAGGAUUACAAAAUAAAACAGGAAAUUGACUCAAACACACUGACAGCUAAAGAGAACAUUACAUUGCAGGCUCAUGUGGUUAUUGUAGGUGACUGGGUAACAAGAUUGACUGAUGGCUUUAUUUUGAAUAUGACUAAUAAAAGGACAAAGCAGUGGUUAGAUAGAUGAUAUAAAGAAAAAGAAAGAAGACAUCCAUCAGUAAAUGCUGAAAUAUUUCAAUUUACUCAGUGAAAAGGAGAAGGAAGAAGUGUAAACUUAUUUAAUCUUCUUUAUUUGGCAGGUAAUUACUAUCAACAACCCUCUAAAAAUCCUGAGAAUAUUAUGUUUUUACCAGCUUGGUAAUUGUCAUCAUAGUAUUUCUACCAACAUAAUUUAAUCUACUUUAAUUAACAAUCUUUUCAUGUCCAAAACUAUGAACAUGUUUUAAUACCCAUAUACAUUCAUACAGAAAGACAGUUCUUUACUCUGUUAGCACAUGAAUUCAAACAAACUCCUCAGGAUUUUCAAAGCUUUUCCUCUCUAUACACUUGUCUUACACUUGUUUUUAAACUGGAUUAAAUUUGGACGAAGCUUCAGCUCCACAUUCUGAAGACCAACCAAUCACCAGACAGCUUUAUCCUCUCAGUCAGAGCGCUGUCUCAGUUCAGCCAACUCAUCAGACAUUUCCAGGAAAGUGUUUGGCCAUUUGUCCCUAACAGUUACAGGUGUGAACACAUGCCCCUGACCUUUGACCUAUGAGACAGGAUUUUGUCACCCACUAACAAUAUAAAGUCUGAGUCUGAGCUGCUUUUACAGCUGUGAAGGUCUUGAAUAUUUUCUUUCUUUUUCUACAGAUAAAUCCAUAAAAUAUGUAUGAAUAAACUUGAAUAACUUGCAAAUGCUACUCAGAUUAAUCACUGAAGCAACAUGUACAAUAAAUACUAGUAUAGAAGAUAACACCAAAUUUUCACUCUCACACCAGAGUCCCCCUUUUGUCGUGAUAAAUUCAGUUCCUGUGGAGCUCAUUCUAAGGACCACCUGUUUGUUUCUGUCCACCACCAAAGCAGCGCCUCCAAAUGUUCAGUCCUCUACAUUGUCCGCUCAAAGAUGCCAGCUCAGCAACUCCGCUUUGAGCCAGACGGUGUCACACAACACCAUUCAGAGCUCAUACCCCUCGACCUCUGACACCACCGCCGCUGCUGCUGCCGCACACACCACCCCGCUAACCAGUGAAAAGCAGCUAUUGUGUGUAUCCCAUUGAAAUCCUCUCACAUGAGGAGACCAAUAAGUAUAUUAACCUUGGCAAACCUCCCCCUGUGUGAAUUGUUUAGCAUGUUUGGCUUCCUCCACAAUAGCUACCAAUGUGUUAAAACACAAAGGAGUGCAGAAUAAUAAGGAGCUUCAUGAAUAUGUGAUUAUUCACAGGCGUGCGAGUGCUGAUAAUUUCUUUCAGUAUUUGUGCAGAUCUCUGUACCUGCCCCUAUGAUUGUAAAUGAUUACAGAUCAUUUUAAUCUGAGUCCGGGAUGAAAAAAAAUAUAUUUUUCUUGCUUGAAAAUAAAUAAAACAGCAACAUUUUUGUCCCCUCCAUGCACAUGUCCACUCUUUCAUCACUGAAAAGGCUGAUACAGCUCUUGAGAGCCAGGGAUGACAGGGAGGAGGUAAAGAGGAAGUGUGAUGUGUUGUCCAGAUGUUUUGUCGAACCCGGUCGUCCUUGGGUUGAAUGUUCAGGUAUGUUGUUGCUGCUGUCUCUGUGGAACAUGAGCUUCAGUCUGACACACGUGCAGCCAUAUGCAGUUCUCUUCUGCAGGAAAAUUAAUCGAUCGCAUGCAUGCUACUGCACAAGCAGUGCGGCGAGCCAUCCAUCAUUCACCUGGAAGACAUCAGACUUUACACUCUUCUUCUUCCUCUUCUGAGGAGAGGCAGACCACAGCAGUGUGAUACUGUGCAGCUGAUGCAGAUGGUGGUUGUGUCGCUUUCAGAAGAAGAAAAAAGUUAGAUGAGAUCUCUGCAUUUUCCGUCUAUGAAAGAAAUGUGAAAUGGUGAAGUCAAAAUAAUUCAGUAAUACCAAAAACAUGCUUGUCAUUUUCCAUUUUGAGCAGAUGGGAUGUUUGAUUGGACCACCAAAAAGUUGGAUGUCAGAUUGUAUAAGGGCUGUAAUAAAUGUCUUUCUCCAAAAGCAGCUCAUUUUAAGCCCCCUGUCAUUUAAACUUUGAUGGUUUCUACAGUUGACCAAAGCUCUUAGUCUGUCAUCAUUAAGCAGAGCUCCAAUUUUUAAACCCUGUUCAAGUGACAUGAAUGAAUUUUAUGCAUACAUAAAAUGUUAAAUGUUUUAUUUGUGUGUGUUUAGAUGUCAAUGAGUGUGAGGAGCUCAAUGGAGGAUGCCAGCAAACAUGUGUCAACACACUGGGCUCGUUUCACUGUGAGUGCAGUGAAGGCUUCCGCAUGCACACUGAUGGACGGACCUGCAUUGGUAAGUAGUAAACGCAAGCAUCUAAGAAUUAAAUCUCUUCCAUUUGCGGAAAGAUAGUAGCUGGAUGAGUUUCUGCUUUCUUUUUGAAAAACAGAAUUUUAAACAUUAGAUGUCAACGUGAAAUGUAGGCAAAGUUUUAUAUUGUAAGGUCAAUGACAGAACUGAGACCAAAGGCUGCUCUGGGAUGCACAAUUCCUGAUGUCAUGGAUUGGCAAACCUCAUCAAAAGAGCACUGUACCCCUCAAACAGAAACAUCCUACUCUGAGAUUUGUCGGGGGGUUUCUCUUUUGUUUUCUUCCCAGACUUUCCGGAUCAGAUUCCAUUCAAAAACAUAAAUCCAUGUUUCGUGAUCUGUUCUUUCAAAUGAAAACAAGGGUUAAAGAGACAGAAAAGACAAAAUGAGGGUUUUUAAAGACACCAGGCUGUAGUUCAUGUAAAGCUACCAAGUAGGUAUUUACAGAUUUGAGGGUCAGUUUCAAGCCUGAAAAGAACACAAUACCACCAAUUUAACCAAUUUUGCCUUUAAAAUUUCAGCUCUGACUUUUUUAGACUCAUUAUUAUCCUCCAGAUCCAAAUGAUAACAUCACAUUGAAGUAUUAGAUCUACAACUUUCAACGCAGGGUGUCACCCGUGUCUAGUUUUUGCUAAUGCCAGGAGGAAACUCUCAGUCUUUUCUGUUUAAAUUAUUGCUAUAACAUUUAAAAAAGAAGUGCUGAGCUGCCAUGAUAAAUCCCAGCGUCAAGAGGGAAAUAUUAACAUGAUUUGCAAGGAGUAAUAUAAGAUGGUAAAGUACUUUGUCCUAUUUUAGCACCAUAAAAUCUGUAGGUAAUGAGAGACUUUGCGACUUGCUGAAAAUCAGUCCUCCUCUGUUGCUUUUGGUGUUAUUUUUCACUCAUAGCGCUCCGAUCGUUCGACCGCAGCUCGGUGUUAAAGGAUAAGAAUGGAGGCAGAGGGAUUGCUAAUUGUGUCUGUUAAAGUCAUUAGCCUGUAACACCAGUUGUUCCUUCGGUUUUACAGCUCGCCUGUGUCAUCAUGUCUGUGUUUAGAGCACCCAGAAGGCACACGGCUGAUAUUCAUAUUUGGCACUUCAUUAAAUCACGGGAGUAAUGGGAUGGAAAGAUCAUUAGACAGUAACCAGGGGUACCCAGCUUGGAUAUGAUUCUCCAGUUUCCAGCCUUUACUCCUGUGUUUUCCAGAGUCUGAGGUGUGAGAGUUUGCGGUAUUAGAUCGCCAACCAAUACAAUUACAUUUGCUCUGCUGUGUGAGUUCUGUUUUUAACUCCAAUAAGUCUGAUAAUAUGAGCAAAAGCCCUCAACGUUUCAUUUACGAUUUCUCUCAUUUCUCCUUAAGCUGUGAACUCUUGCUCGGUACUUAAUGGUGGAUGCGAGCAUAAGUGUGUGGACUUGGGGAACAAUCACUACAAAUGUGAAUGUCGGAAGAACUACCAGCUGAAGAGAGACGGGAGACACUGCAAAUGUAAGUCUUUCUUUAUUUUCCCACAAAUGUUCUUAAAUUGCCAGGGUAUGUUAUCUUUUUGAUGUGAGCGAGGUGCAAGCUGGACCAAAUUUGUGCAAAUAAAAAUGUUUGUGGCCGCCGCUGGACUGCGAGGGGGGAAAAAAAGUCCACCAGAGAGGAAAUGAACUGGAGAAGCACUUUUGGAAACAUUUACAGCAGAGUGAAGAGUAGGAAUUUCAAUAUCUCUAGAGGCUGCACAGGCAUAUGUCAAACUUAGAGGUCAGCAUAGAGUUAUGCAUGCUGCCUGUGAGCUUGAAUUAACUAGAAAAAAGUCUCCUGCUGGGCUGACCUGGCGUCUUUUUUUUUUUUUUGCUCAUGUGUAAUUGUGUUUGUGUGUGUCAUCCUGUUUCUGUGUUUGUGCGCGUCAGUAAGGGACCCCUGUGAGGAGAGGAAUGGAGGCUGCUCCCAGCUGUGCCUCUCAGAAGAAGGAGGUCGGGUUCAGUGCAGCUGCAGACCUGGUUUUACGCUGGCUGAAGAUGGCAAAAGUUGUGAAGGUGAUACACAUGCAAAACACAAGACACAAAAGCAGACAUGCCAGUUAGAAUUUGCUGAGUAAUAGCCUCAUUAAAUCUUUUAAGUCCAAAGCAUAACUGAAUCAAGAGGAUGAUGUUGGAAAUAUUCACUCAAACGAACUUACCAACAAUUCUUAUUCUGCUCGGACUGGAGAAAAAGAGCAGCCAAAGAAAUCUGACACCUGACCGAGUCUUCCUGCAGGAGGAAGUAUUAGCUAAAUUCUGCUUGGAAUCUGUGCAAAUGCCGUUUUUUUUUUUAGACUAUGUGGGAAGCGAGUUUUGUAACACUCAUAUAGCAGACAGACUGCCUCUCUGUUUGGUUCAUUAACCUCUUGUGGCAGAAACAAAGGAUUUGUUAAAUCUCCUUUUACCCCAGUCCCUUUCUGAGCCUCAACAACCUGAGGAAUGUAGAGUUACUUAAUUUUAAUUGAAGUGACAGGAGAACAUAAACUGUUACCCAUUUGCAACAUUUCUUAAAAUAACCAAAAGAUUUAUUCUUGUUUUCUAAUACUUACUCACUUUGUAAAAACAAGAAACAAUCUCUUAUAAAACUUUUUUUCCAUCAUGAUGUUUUUACCUUUCUUUUCACGUGUUCGUACUAUCUGUCCAGACAUUGAUGAGUGCAACUCAGGCCAUGCCAAGUGUUCCCACGGGUGCGUCAACAUGCCGGGCUCCUUCAAAUGUGUGUGUCAACCCGGCUUUGAGCUAGGUGCAGAUGGCAAGCAGUGCUACCGUAAGUAAAGCAGAAUACGUCAAACAAUUACAAAUUUUUAAAGCAAAUAUUGAAAUUGUUCUUUGUGACAAUAAUAGAUCCAACAAGACCUCAUAUUUGCAGUUUUAAAAAGAGAAACCCACAAGACUUAGCUAAAAAUCUCACUCCCUGACAUUGCUGUUUAGCUGCGGCUUAAUCGUUUUGUCCGGUAACCUGUUGCACUCGGUGAAGGAUUUCUAAUGAAGAAUUCUGUGCAAAACCUCAGUCAGCUUGACUUACGCUCGUGUCCCUUUUACUGAAAAUUAUCCUGCUUUAGAGUCAUUGCCUGUCAUCACAUAUGCCUGCAAACAAAAGCAAACAGUUCCUUCUUGAAUUUCAAAACCACAGUGCGUCUGGACCUAACAACCACAAAGAGAAACAAAAUCUGUAGACUAAAGCCCUCUAGGUAUUUAGCUCUUCGGUCCAACUUUUAUGGCAUGGUUGGUUCCACAGAAAACACAGACAUUUAAUAUUUUGGUGUCCUGUAACUGCCAUCUAAAUAAUAGUCAUAUUUGCAGAUUUGAAACCCCCACAUUAGCAGCUAUCAUCGUGUACAAUAAUGCCUUCCUUUGUACCUACCCAUGCCAUAUGAAAUUGAUUUUUGUAAUCCCCCUUUCUUGCAACAGUUUGAGAAAAUCAAAAACAUGAUUCAAGAUUUGUUUCAUUUCCAGGCCAGCAGAUCAAUUUUUUUGACUUUCUGAAAAAAUAAUUUGCUUUAUAACUGCAAAAGAAAGAAAGAUAAAGUUUUGACAGAAAUGUUCACUUUGCACAUUGUUUGCUUGUAGUGCAAGAAUGUUCCUUUUCUUCUAAACAUCAGCCGAUCUGAGGAAGCAGAUGAAAUGAGAUGAGAUGAGACAUGUCACAAAAUAAAAAGAAAAAUGUCCACACUUAUAUCAUGGCAGCCACAUUAGCUCUGUUUGUGAAUACACAUGGUCCAAGCUUUCUAUUACCGUUUGACUGUAAACAGUAUCUGUGGUCAUGAUUGGGUCUUUUCCUCUCAUCAUCUGUAGCUUGUAAUUAUGAGACUGGAGCGAACCAAAAUAAUCCUGAUGAAAUCCCCAUAACAUUGUCCUCACGUUUCAGCCUCAGUCGUGCGCUUUCAUUGUGGUUUGGGUCCUCUUUUCUCCAGGCAUCGAGAUGGAGAUUGUCAACAGCUGUGAGAAGAACAAUGGAGGUUGCUCUCAUCACUGCGAGCACACCACCAACGGUCCGCUCUGCUCCUGCAACAGCGGCUACCAUCUGAAGCGGGACAGGAAGACCUGUGUAGGUAAGACUGUCUCUCUAUGAUGAAAGGUCCUUGUUUUGUUUUUACUUGAUUCCUUUUUCUUUCAUUUUCAUCAAACCCUACUACUGUAUACCCUUCUCAGAUAGUGAUGAGUGUGUCAGCGGGGAGGCCUGCUGCAGUCAUUUCUGUAAAAACUACCCGGGUGGCUACGAGUGCAGCUGCAGAGCUGGUUAUAGACCGAACCCAGAUGGCUGUGGCUGUGAUGGUAAGAGUAGUGGUUUGUUUCUUAAGUCUGUGUUGUGGGCCGGUUGUGCAUGCAAAUUCCAGAUGCACAAAUAAUCUGCAAAUUGUUUGGAAAAUAAAAGUUAAGAAGGCCUUUUCGGCACAGAGAAAAAAAAAAAAGUUAAACUGAUAAAGCAAGAUGAAACUGAAGUGAUGUUCAGCACCAUUGCAACCUUUCACGUUGUUUCUUCUGCUAGAUGUUGAUGAGUGCCUAGAUGAGAGCUCGGGCUGUGAACAUUACUGCGUCAACACUCUCGGAACAUAUGAGUGCUUUUGUCGAAUGGGCUACCGCUUGGAUCAGGACCAGCACUCCUGUAUCUGUGAGUGACAUUUAUUUCAGAGCUUUGCCAUUAACAGAAGUAACAUAAAACGAAACGUAUACAUCCAUCCGAAACUAUGGGACUCUUAAACUGUGUUUCUUUUCAGCUCUGUAUGGAAGAGAACUGGAGGAAGAAGAUGAUGAGGAAGAAGAAGAUGAUGAGCAGCUGGAGGUCCACAGAUUACCAGACCUGCUCUUCCGCAAUUCACCACAGCUCCUGCAGUACACAGCAGCCUUGCACUACCGUGAUGACACUGAUGAUGAUGAUGAUGGUGGUGGUAGUAAAGGCGGUGACAGGGAUACAGAAUUAGAGAUCCAGAGGGAGCGUCGAGGAGAGCUGAGAGUGAGCAGCAACAUAGGUAGUGAUGACACUGAGAUGUAUGAGCGAUUUAAAUCAAGAGGAUCUUUACUGGAGAAAAGACGUUUAACCAGUUUUUGAUGAUUUCUUUUGCAGUGUGCUUCGAUGGCUCAUUUGGAGAUGACUGCAGUGUGAGCUGUGAAGACUGUAUGAAUGGGGAGUGUAGUCAAAACAAAGACAAAUGUGAAUGCUCGCCUGGAUGGACUGGCAUCAUCUGCAAUGAGAGUGAGUAUAGUGAUCAGGAUGUUCUGCAGUUACAUCUGUGCAAUGCAUAAAUGUCUUUGCUUGACAACACACAUUCUUAACAAGUGGUACGCUAGCUGACCUCACCUGAGCAACUUAAAGGAAAAAUCCACAAAGAAUGAGUUUUCUGUAGGCACCCUCAUACCUAAAAUGACAUUUCCUGCAGGAUUUCUUGUAGCAAUCCAUAUGAGCAUUUUGACAAUGGUUAAAAUGUUUAUUUAUUUUCACAUGAUGAAGCAGGUGUGAUUUUUGACUGAGGUCAUGGAUUUAUAAGGAUUAAGUCACCAUAGCUUUUCUUAUUCUGGUCUAAGUGAUGCUGACUGACAAAAAAAUUGAAAUUUAUAAUAAAAAAAAUAUCUUUAUUUUUUAUAGCACUUUUAAAAACAGAAAGUGCUUUGACAAACAUUGGUAAAGCACAGAACAUAAACACAUGGAAUGAAAAAAUAAAUAAAAAUUUAAAAAAAAGCUCACUUAAAAACAAGGCCUCCAAAUUGAAGGCCAAUUUCAUUUGUUAUAAGGAACCCACGCAAUAGAAAAACCCUACAACAUACAAUAAUUUUUUUUAAUGCUGAAAUUUACAAGUCACAAGUCACUAAAUAUUAAUUUGUAAAUCUUAACAAUGGCUGUUUCUUCGGUGCACUUACCCCCUAACAGCAGCUAUUACAAAUAGUUUCAUAUGCAUUUGAGGGUCAUAAUAACACAACAGGACGGCACAGUGGUGUAGUGGUUAGCGCUGUCACCUUACAGCACAAAAUGGUCCUGGGUUCCAAUCCGGCUCAGAGCGUUUCUGUGUGGAGUUUGCAUGUUCUCCCUGUGUCUGCGUGGGUUAACUCCAGGUACUCCGGUUUCCUCCCACAUCCCCAAAACAUGCAGAAGUGGGGUUAGGUUAAUUGGUCACUUCUAAAUUGCCCGCAGGUGUGAAUGUGAGUGUGGAUGGUUGUUCGUCUCUAUAUGUCAGCCCUGCGAUAUACUGGCGACUUGUCCAGGGUGUCCCCUGCCUUCGCCCGAAGAUGCUGGGAUAGGCUCCAGCCUCUAACGGGAAUGAACGGUAGAAAAUGGAUGGAUGGAAUAACACAACACUGAUCGUUUUAGCCUGCCUCAUAACCUAUCAGGAACUUUGCACAAUAGCUUUGAAUUUGCAAGAUAUAAUUUGUGACUGAGCUUUAGAAGCAGAGCUACCUGCUUCCCAUUAUUUAUAGUGUAAAUUUACUGGGUAUUGCUGUGACUAUGUUUACUAUGGGGAUGCUACAUGAAAAAUGGCCUCGCUAUAUUCUCAUCUUUCUUUAGGUAAGACUGAGUACAGCUCUCAGGCAUUAGAGAGUCUCUUUGUUGUGUUACCUGCUCACAUACAUACUGUCCACACAAGUCUUUUCCCAAAAUGAACAUCCUCCUCUUGGUCUGUUUGGUCUACCUUUUGCAAUGUAUUUCAGUUUAAGAGAAAGCAGAGAUAGGUCCCCGUGUGCAUCGAUCUAGAGCCAUGUAUCAAAACCUGUCUGCCCCUCUGCGUGGGAGGCUGGCUUGUUUAUGGUCUCCAGAACACAGGAGCACCGGGGGGAAUCAAUCUGUCUGCUGCUGGAGCCAGGCCAGGGCCCCCAGCAAGAGCACAGCCCGAGGCCAAGGAUGUCCACUACUGGGUUAGGAAGCAAGGCUCCAUUGUUCCUAUCCUGCUCCAUGAUUAAUGGCUGUCUUUGGUCUGAACCUGAGUCAGGCCGGUAAUCAUAAGAGGAGAGCCACGUGGGAUGAGUCCAUUAGGAGCAAUCUGUAACUGGUAGAAACACGCUCCUGAGGUAGCAGUCUUUAGAUACACACCCUGGAGGUGAUGGUCUGGACAUGGGCUACAUUUUUUAGGAUGGAGGAAACGAGCCAAAUUACUGCCUAGAGAGCAUUUAUAAGAAUUAAUAAAGGAGGCUAAAUCUAAUGGUAUAAAAGGGCAAGAGCAGUAUUGAUUCAUGCCUUUGGAAGAGUCAAGUAUUUCUCAACUUCACUUAGUUUUACUUUAGUGAUUAACAACCUGAUCACAGUUUUAAUUAAUGAAUCUGAACCUGUUUACUUUUCUACUGUUUGUAUGCUGCCAGUGAUUAAUAUAAUUAAGAAAAAACAAGAUUAUUGGGAUUUUUCUCAGUCAUUGUAUUUUUUUUAUAUUGUUUUUUUUUUUUUUUAAUUCAAACUCUGGUAAAGAAAUAUUAUUUUAUCCGUGCAAACAUGGUUUAUUUCCUAAUUCUGCUCCAACACAGAAUCAUUUGGUUGAGAAAUAAGUCAAACUGAAACUCUGUCAGCGUUUUACAUAAAUGUGGUGGAAACACAAGAACUUUAUGCCAAUAGCUUUUGGGUUUUGCAUGUGGCUCCAACAACAACUAACUUCAUGGUUCCAAACACAAUCAAUUUCCCAUAAACCCCGUCCAAAGCUCUUUUCAUCAACUAUCUAAGAUGCACAGAUUUCUUUGUUGCGAGUGACAUCCCCACUUAUUAUUUUAAUGUUGAAAGUUUCUGACCUUGUUCGAGUAUUUUAGGCUGAAUGAAGCCUCUGUAGAAAAUAAAAGUGUGACAUGAAAUUCACACAGACAUAAACUUGAUGAGUUUUAACAAUUCAUCAAAUCUAAAACAGUCAGCUUGUUCAUGCUGUAUCUGCUAACAAAGCCAGAGAGAUUUAAAGUGUUAUGAGGGUGCACACAUGGGGAGAGAGGGGGUCGAAGGUGGAAGUGCUGACAUCUACGCCAGCAAGCAUAACCUGCUCUUAGUAAAGUCUGUGUGUUUAGCAUCAAACUGCGACAUUUCUAAUAUAUGAGCCAUCAUUUAGGUGCCAAUACUUGGCCCAUGAUUCCCUCUUGUUUUCCCUCUCCAGCCUGCUCACAAGGGACCUACGGUCAUGCCUGUAACAGCCUGUGUCGUUGUCAGAAUGGAGGCUCGUGCGACCCUGUGACUGGAAAGUGCUUGUGCCCCCCAGGGGUACAGGGCCUGCUCUGCGAGGAUGGUUUGUACACUCAUUUAUAGAUCCACCAUAAUGGGACUAGAGACAUUGUUUUUGGUGUUGUAUGGCCAACUGACAUGAAGCAGUAUCCAGCUACAGCAUUGAAGAAAACAAGACCAAAUAAAUUAAUUUAUUCUUAUUUUUUUCUUGGCUAUCUUUGUAUGACCUUCCAGAUUUAUCUUGUUACUGCUGAUGUGAAUCUUGAUCAAGUAGUAUAAAGGGUUGGGACAUACUUUUUAAACAGGCACUGUCCCCUUAAACUGUGAUUUUGUUUAACUGAUUCACUCGAUAGAAAUGGGACAUUACAUCUUAAGUGGAUUCAUUCAUGUUGACAGGUUGUCCAAGAGGUUAUUUUGGACGAUUUUGCGGAAGAAAGUGUAACUGUCCCAACAAUGGACAAUGUCACCGACUUUAUGGAGGCUGCCUCUGCUCUCCUGGACUAUAUGGACGCUUCUGCCACCUGCGUGAGUAAAAAACUGACUUUAAAGCAUAACAUCGUUGAAGAAUGAUUAUGUUGAUGAUUACACUGUUACAAACAAUCCGUUUUUAAGUUGCAAGUUUAAUAGCACAGAGAGAAAAUAUAUUAUAAUGCCAUUAUAUGAGCUGUAUAUGAUACAAUACAAUUAAGACCUUUGAACUUAAUAACAAGGUAAUGUCACAGUAUUGGACAGAGGCAAAAAGACACAAAACUGUAGGCAAACAUGAAUGACAACCACAGGAUAGGCAACAAAGGUGUCCUAAAAUGUCACAGUCUUCUGUUGUUGGCUGUCAGGAUAGAAGAAGAAAUAGUACUGUCUCAAAACUGAAGUCCCUUGCUAUACCAGCCACCACUAAUUUUAGUUAACCAUGAUAAACACAAUGAAAGGACUGGUCGGGGAUAAUUAAAAAUGCUCUUGUAAGCAGCAUACAACAGUUAACUGUUGUAUGGAUAUAUGACAUUUUGUAAAUUAAAGGUUUUCAUUACCAUCGAAAUAGACAUUUAGGAGGAAUUAAGACUCUGUAAUGGGAAACUCUUUGCUAAUGUUAGUUUCACUACCAAAAUGAAACUGCUUACUUGUUGUCCUCCUAAUAAUCAAUAAUGCAUCUAUAGACUUAUACGCCCUCAGAUGGUCUUGAAUAUAUACUCAAUUGCUUUGUCUAUCAGUAAUCAGCCAAAUCACUUCUAACUGAGCUAACUAGUCCCUUUCAUCAGUGUAAAUUUAUUGAGCACUCUUAGCACUCCAGAACAGUGAGAGAUCUACGAAAGAGGAUCUGGGCCACACAAAGAGAAAAAAGAAUUACUUACAGGAAGGAGAUUAAAGUCAAAAUUUCAUUAUUUAGGUCAAAAUUUCAAGAUUAAAAAAAUCGCAAUUAUGUCAAUAAAGACGAAAUUUGUAGAUUAAAAAUUGAAAUUUCGAGAUUAAAGUCAAAAUCUGGAGAUUACAACAUUUCGAACUGUUAUGAAAUGUGUAAAAAUUAUAAAUGUAAAAAAAUUAAAAUUUUGAGAUCGAAGUUGAAAAUUUGACUUUAUUCACAUACUUUUGAUUUUUUGUAUCUUGAACUUUCAUCAUUAAUCUCGAAAUUUAGAUUUUUUUUUUUUCUUUUCGACUUUUUAAAAUUUUUUACUUUAAUCUCAAAAUUUCGACUUUAAUCCCAAAAUGGAAAUUUUAAAAAUCUCUUUCCUGAAACGAUUUUUCUCUCUUCUUGUGGCCCUAAAGCCAAAGUCAUCUUACUGUCUAAUACUGGCUAACAUGAUAAAAAGGAUUUUUAUCGACACUCUUGCGAAGCUCCUCCCACCAAAGAUCGCCACUCUCUUAACUAACUCUGAGAGUGACGAUAAGCGUUAAGGAAUUCUGUAUCAUAACGAACAACAUUUACAUGGAUAACACCAUCUCAGUUUUAUGAACAAGCGUUGAACAUUUACUUAUGUAGAUGACAAAAACCCUAUCACAGUUUAAAGAUUGGAGCUGUUUCUACCCUAAAAGAGGUUAGUUUGAUGUGCUCUUUGGAUAAAAACACAAGGGUGUACUGUAUUUAACAACGACAAAACAACACUCAAGUAAAAACCAUUCCUGACCUCCUAUAGAUCAACAAGUCAACAUUUUUACAAGGUCUACAUUACCAUGCGGUGAUACUAGAGGUAUCUAGAUUAUCCAAAAAGGUGAAGUGCACAUCAGAUUAAUUUACAUUUAGAAACUAUGCACAAGUUAUGUACAGAAAGCCACAGCUUUCCACAUCCUUACUCGUCAUCACUGGCUGUACUUGGCCGUUUCGAUGGAGGCACCAGGUGAGACGGCAGCUCCCGAGGGAGCCAGUAACCCUCCAGUUUCCCCUCAAUAAGGUGGACUGCCAAAGCAAACUCUUCAUUAUCCAGCAUGCCAUCACCGUCCACAUCUGACAGCCUCCAGAUGUGAGCAAGCACAGAGUUGGGCAGCAGCGUGCUCGUCAUCCACUCUUUGACUUUAGUUCCACUCAGUUUACCCUCGUUUGGACUGAGGUUGUAGAAAAUCUCAUCAUAUUUGGGCUUAUAUUUCUCCACCACCCAGUCAUCAAAAUCUGCCUCACUGCUCUCGUCAUCCCUGAAUUCCUUGAAAGGGUCUCUCUUGUGAUGGUCACGCCUGAAUGUACCCAAGAAUUCACCGUCUAAAAUGCCAUGGAGGGAUUUCUUCCUCAGUUCUUGCUGCUGGAGUAGAGGUACCAGGUUUGCUAUGUCAGUGGACAGCAGUUUAUCCAAGGAAGCCAUGAGACUCGGCUUCAGUGUCUUGAACUUUGAGAAAUCCUGACCUAAAAGUUUCUCCUGAAAAAUAAGGAAUUGCAUAUAAGGUUCACAGAAAGCAUAAAGGUUGAUAACUCAUAGAUUUAGUAUUUAAGAAAUUAUGUUUGACCUGCAUCUUGGUGCAAUCGGGGAAGUCUCCUGCAGGGACUCGCUGCUGUUGCUGGAUCUUGGUGAAAAUUACAGGAAGCUGGUAAAUCAGAUUGUGCUUCUUACUUUCCUUGCAAAAAAUUGUCGGCAUCUCCUGUUUCAGGUAGCUGAUGAUGUGAGCAUGAGCCUAGGAGAGAGAAAAGCACAAAUGAAACCUAAGAUCUCAUAACGGCAUCUCUGUUUCUCUUGAAGACUCCAAAAACAGGCAACUGGACUGUGUAGAGUUGAGAAGACGUUUCUCUACACAGUCCAGUUGCCUGUUUUUGGAGUCUUCAAGAAAACCAUGACCUAGAUGAAUGAGAAUCUACAUGGACAUCUCUGUUUCUAUAUAUUCUCAGUAAAAUUUAAUUUUCGUGUUAUCUUACCCUCACUAAGCGCGCCCUCUUCACCAGGUCGUUCAGCUUUCGUAUAGCAGCGUUGCGCGGCAGGUUCCUGAUGUCAGUCAACAGAUCCUCCUCCUCCAGCUCAAUCAGCUGAUAAUGGUCGCACACCUGCCUCGGCUCCGACCAGAAAGAUCCAAUGUAAACCCUCAAGAUCUCUGGGGUUCGAAACACUUUCCCUAGCGACCACAUGAGGGCGCCGUAUACUCUCAUCAGCUGCUGCGAGUCGACCCUGUCAGCCUUGUUGAGAACCACACGCAACUUGUCCUCGUAGCCAAGAAGAGCCCCAAAGGCCCGAGUGAGCUCAUCAGAGAACUCUAGUUUAUGUGCAUCAAACAGCAGGAUGAUCCGGUCCACACGCUCUGCGAACCAGCGCAGCACUGCUGGGAAGUCAUAGCCUGAGGAGAAGGAAGAAAACACAGGGUUUUCAUUAACACUGUAUGAAAUGGGGCGAGCCUAUCUGCCUGACUGGUGAGAGAACAUAUAAUGUAUCCCAGUGGUCCUCCCUAGAUUUGGAGCCAUUUGAGUUACACCCAUAGAUUAAUGUGUCCCUAAAACAAAGGAGAGACUGCUCAGUUCCUAAACGUCUGCCUCCUCCCCAGCUCACUGUGAUAUUACUUUCAGCUGGUAGGCUUCUGUCGAAGAAACUUUUAAUAUGUUGCGCUAAAGUAUCACAUUCCCUCUUUUUCAAGCAGAAAACUAAAUCCUACUGAGAACUACAAACAAAAACAGCUUCUAGAAAAAGAAAUAAACAGUUUUCUGACUGACCUCGACUCAGCUUUCUUUUAGCGGCUGUUAAAAUACCAGGCGUGUCGAUGAUGCUGAUACUCUCAAGGACUUUGUUGGGCAUCUGAGCACACUGGAACCUGCAGAAAGCAUGCAUCAACAUAAAACAAGACUCUCAAAAUCCUUAGUUUAGAGUAAAUAUUUCCAUAACUUCAUGUUAGACUCGUCUAGUCUACUCAUAGGUAAACAUGAAAUUAAUCAUUUCUGCUCCUAUUUUAUCUCUUGAUUCCUUUUACCUGUUGAGAAAAGCAUUUCCAAAAGGAUCAAGGUUGCGAAAGGGCUUUUUUGGAUCCACUGUCAGAGCAUUGCCGGGGAUGAUCCCUUCUGUCUCUCCAUACAUGAGCGCAGUGAAGCAGUCUGUUGUUGGCUCUGGUCCGACUCUGCUACCAGGAAAAUCUUGUUCUAUCAGAUACCUUAAACCAAAAGAAAUCACAGCCAUCACCAUUAUUGUUAUCCCUAAUAGAUGAAUGUAAAAUACAUGCACUUUUUUGACAUUUUUAAAGAGGCAUGCAAAGUUUAAGAUCUUUUUCCUACCGUAUAAAAGUUGUCUUUCCUGUUGAGUACUGACCCAUCACCAGCACCAUUGGUUUGUUGUCAAAGUCAGCAUCCUCAUAGCUUGGAGAAUGGAAGUGAUGGAAGGAAUAAUAUUUCUCUAUGGGCAGCAGCCUCUUAUAAUAAAGAUUCCUCAGCUCCUCUGUCACCAUAUUUACAUCCCCCAGUGUUUUAGGGUUGCUCCUGAACCUCCGUAUUGACAUGUCGGUGGAUUUCCUCCUCUUGAUUUCACAGUAAAGAAGCGUCUCACUCCUCUAACACCAAAACAGAAUGAUGGAAGAACAUGCACGAGGAAUAUUAUCAGUUUCUCACAGCUGUCUGCUCCUUACUGCAGCGGGACAUUAAGGGUGGAGAGGGUGUAACCAGAGUCUGCAGCUGCACCUAACAUAAAGCCAAUGUGAAGAGGGACAGGGUGGAGUGGAGUUCAGUUUUUUGUUGCUGUGAAGAGACAGACUUGGCAAAAAAAAACUCGUCAAUUAAUUGUUCUGAACGUUAAGUGAGGAUGUGGCUGCGUUUCAGUUUAAAAGUCCUAGAAAUCACACGGCUUGUUUUUGUUAAAAGCUCCUGUUAAUGUGAUAAAGAGUAGAGAAACCAGAGCCAACAUAACAAGGACUGCCGGAAAUCUCUUUCCUGAAUGACCAGCUGGUUCUUAAAUAAUCUUCAUUAUCAUACUGCAGUAGAGACGAAUAAUGCAACUCGGUUUUUAGUGGUCUUUAAAUUAAGUGAACCUUAACUUAAAGAAGUCUGACUUUUUGCUAAUGUGAUUUUCAGGUGUGUCUGUUUGCUUAUAUUAAAAUGUAACCUGAGUGUGUAGAGAGGAUUUCAUUCCAACAUUUUUCCUCUAAUUAGGUUUGACCACCUACAUUUUCAGAAACAACAAGUGCAAAGCUUUCUUGUUUUCUUUUCUUGACUUUCAAAAUAAACUUAUCCAGAGUUUCAUGAGCGAAGUUAUUCUGAAGGUUAUGCAUCCUACCCAUCCAAGUUAUACCUAGUUUAUGAGUGCAAUCCAUUUAUGGGUAAGAAUCAUUCAAACAUACUGAAACCAUUCAUCUUAGCGUAUAUGUCGGUCUGACUUGUGCUCUGUUUUCAAACUGAUUUCAUCCGCCCCUCAGCGUGUCCCAGGUGGACGCAUGGUGCCGGCUGCUCCAAGGAAUGUGACUGUGUUCAAGAACAUUCCACUGGCUGUGACCCCAAGACUGGGAGCUGUUUCUGUAAGGCUGCAUACCAAGGACCACAGUGUGAGAAAGGUAUUAGUACAUCCAAAUAGGAUAACUCACUUGGCGCGUGAGACCCUUCAAAUAAAAGCUGAAGCAGUGCAUGAAUACAAAAUAUAGAUCAUUUCAGGUCAUAACAGUGACUCUUAUAUUUGGUUAUCUUGCCUGCUGCAGCUGUAGCGCUAUGGUCUAAGUGAAGAAUGAACUUGGAACCAUGCAGAUAUCCAAAAUAAAUGUUUAGUUAAGUUUAGUUCAUUUUACUUUAGUUCAUUUUGGUUAAGUUAAGUUUAGUUCAGUUAAGUAUAGUUUAGUUCUGUUUAGUAUGGUUUAGUUUGGUUAAGUUUAGCUUAGUUAAGUUAAGUUAAGUUAAGGUAGGUUUAGAUUAGUUUGGUUCCAUUCAGUUUAGUUUAGUUUGGUUUAGUUUAGUUAAGAUUAGUUAAGUUAAGUUUAGUUUAGUUUGGUUUUAUUUGGUUUUGUUUAGUUUAGUUAAGUUUAGUUUAGUUUAGUUUAGUAUAGUAUAGUUUAGUUUAGUAAAGUUAAGUUUAGUUUAGUUUUGUGUGAUUAGUUUAGUUAAGAUUGGUUUAGUUAAGUUUAGUUUUAUUUGGUUUUGUUUAGUUUAGUUAAGUUUUGUUUAGUUUAGUUUAGUGUAGCUUAGUUUAGUUUAGCUUAGUUUAGUUUAGAUUAGUUUAGUUUGGUUUAGUUAAGUUUUGUUAAGUUUAGUUUAGUUUAGUUUAGUUAUGAUAAGGUGAUUUAAGUUAGUUUAGUUUAUUUCAGUUUAGUUCAGAUUAGUUUAGUUUAACUUAGUUUAGUUUACUUAAGUUUAGUCAGGUUUAGUUACGUUAAGUUUAGUCAGGUUCGGCUAGUUUAGGUUAGUUAUGAUAGGGUGAUUUAAGUUAGUUUAGUUUAGUUUAGUUUAGUAAAGUUUAGUUAAGUUAAGUUUAGUAAAGUUAAGUUAAGUUAAGUUAAGUUUAGUAAAGUUAAGUUUAGUUUAGUAAAGUUUAGUCAGGUUUAGUUAAGUUAAGUUUAGUCAGGUUCGGCUAGUUUACUUAGUUAAGUUUUCGUUUCGUUAAGUUGAGUCCAUAGUUUAGUUUUGUUAUUGCUACACUGUUCAGCUCCAGACUGUUUGCUUUGGAUCUGUAUAUUCCCAAUGCAGAAUGUGAGCUGGGCUUCUUUGGCGCAGGCUGUGAGCAACCAUGUGACUGUGCAGGUGGAGGGUCAUGUGACCCCAGGACUGGAGAGUGCAGCCAGCGAUGUCCUGCAGGUCUUCAUGGAGAGAAAUGUCAGCUGGGUGAGACAAGAAAAGCUCUUUUGUUCAUUGCAGUAGCAACAAUGCCUUGUUGUAAUUAUUCAAAGACAUGAAAAGUGGAAAAAAUAAGUAUUUCUUUCAAAACAUGUGUGAGAUAAUGUUUUUGUCUUCCAGUACUUUAAGAAGGACCCUUAAAUAGUUAUCUCCAGUCAAGGCUUUACUCCACAGCACUCUCAUGUGGCUGUAUCUUUGAUCAAAAAUGAUCAUAGUCCAAUACAAAGAGUCUCUGCAAGCACACAUGUGAAAUGUGUGGGCAUGCAAACAUGUGCCUGCAUGUGCAGUUGUUGUUUGCAUACUCGAUGUGUAUGUGAAUUUGUGCCUUUCUGAUUAACUAUGUCAACAUGAAAUGUUCUUUCUGACUUCUGGCGUCGUUGAAACCCUUUCACUUUACCAAUAAAUCUUUACUUUUUAUUCUCUGCUACUUUUGAUGGAUUGGGUGUCUCUUGCAUUUGCCUGGUCUGAGCAGGUGUUCUUUUUUACUGCAAAGCUGUUCAACCAGAAGUGUUUCACCGCAGCAGGGUGUCCUCUGGCUGUUUACUCUGUGGGUUGAUGGAAAGUUCAACCCGGUGUCUCGUGAUAUGAAAUGAUGCUGAGUGCCGUUCAGGAGCCUCUAGUAGAAGUAUAAUGGUGUGUCUCUGUGGAGUUGAGCAAGAUAACAGAGCCGAGUUACAGUACGUCAGCACUGAAAAGAAGUCCAGGCCCUGGCUCAGUUGGCUGGGUUUGUUACAGUCGAUUGCAGGGCGGCUCAUGAGAGGAGCGAUUAACUUCUGUAACUACCUCAGAGGCUUUUGGCAUAGACUGAAAAAAUAAACAGAAAAUAAUUGAGCAGUUCUAAAGUUUCAGUUCUGGAGUCCUCCUUUUUGAACCAUAUUCACAGAGUAGUUCAUUCCUGUCUUGUGUUUCAUGAGGGGUGUGUAUGUUACACUGUGACUGUUGUGUAAUAUUUUUCUCUUUAAUUUCUUAUGUGUGUUUGUGUGUAUUAAUAGCUUGUCCAUCAUUGAGAUAUGGUGAGAGCUGUCGUCUCACUUGUGACUGUGGAGGAGCUCCGUGUUAUCCUGUAACUGGACAGUGCAUCUGUCCUGCUGGAAAGACUGGACAGUCCUGUCAGGAAGGUGCGUCUAUUUUUUCUUUUCUGAAUCUUUCUUUCAUUUAAAGGGAUAUCCCGGUGUAAAAUUAAGUUUGGGGCCAAACACACGGUGACACAAAGUUAGACAUCACCUCGAGAGAUAAAUGUUGCCAACCGCUUGCUUCUCUAGUUAUACCAACUUCAGUAACGACCGCAUGAUAGCAAUACACAUUAGUCUCUGUGGCCACAUGCACACCUCAACCAAAAAGCCACUCUAAAUGUGCUUGCUUGAGGUGCACCCCCACGCCUCAGUCAAUGAUAGACUGGCCUGAGGUCUCGCUACAAACAAGCUGCUGCUGGAAGAAAGUAGGUGAGUUGUGUUUAGUCUCUCUGCUAUAGAAAUUAGGCAAAGCUAAAAAGAUGUUAGUGGUGGCUAGUGCUAUGGCUUGGACCCUAUAUGUACUGUUGAUGAAGUUAUGUGCUGUUCUGAGCAUUAUUUGUGGCUAUAGAGUGGCAUUUUGGUUGAGGUUUGUUUAUGGCUCCUCAGACUGCUGUGUAUUGCUAUUGUGCGGUUGUUACUAAAGUUGUUAUAACUAGAGAAGUAAGCAGUCAGCAACAUUCAUCUCUCAAAGGGGCGUCUAAAUCUGUGUUACGGUGUGUUUGACCCUAACUUAAUUUUACACCGGAACAUCCCUUUAUUGGUCUAAAUGGUGGCCAUAAACUGCCAUUAUAUAACACUUCCUCUUGUCUUCUAACCACUCAAAGUGCUUUUACACAUGUCACAUUCACCCAUGCACUGAUGACAGAGGCUGCUCGGUAAAGCACCAUCAGUUUUGACUGAUCCAUUCACACACCACUGGGCAGUAGGGGUCAAGUGUGCUGCCCACUUCAGCAUGUGUACAGCUGAACCUGCUUUCAAACCCCCAACCUUCUGAUUGAGAGUCAACCAACUCUACAAACUGAGCCACAGAUGCCCAUUGUGACAACUCUUUAUAUAGCAGUUUUAGGACAUGGUUUAUGUUGUGGCAGGCCAUGAGAAAGGUGACUAAAACAGAGGACCUGGUUGAACUCAGUGACACUGUGAGCCCACAGUUUUAGCCAGUUCUAGCAGACUGGAUCACUGGGAUGUUUGUGUUGUGUGGCCUCCCUCUUAAAACUAAGAGCAGUUUAAACUUGUCCUCUGCUAUGCAGCCUACUGACUUUUUAAUACAUUUCUCACUCUAAUGAUUCAAAUAUAAGUGGCUUUAAGGCUUUACAGAGACGUAACUAACAUAAGAGGCUUACUGCUUACUUAAUCUGAAAGAUACUUGAUGCUCCCCAGACUGCUCUGAUGGAUUCUGGGGGUUGAAGUGCCAGUCAUCUUGCCCUAGCUGUGAGAAUGGAGGCUCCUGCAACAAGCAAACAGGCGUCUGUGAUUGCAAAGAAGGCUUCACAGGAAACCUCUGUGAAAAUGGUGAGUUUAAACCAACAGAAAAGGAGUAUCUAAGAAAUUUAGUCUACUAAUUCAUUUAGGGAAUUUCAUUUGCAUGCAAUGUGUUGUUGUUGACAGUAUGGCCCUGCCCUUCCAUAUAUGAAUGUGGAAAGGGGGUGGCACACCUCUCCUCCCCUUCAUGUGCAUAGAUGAGAAGUCAAGGUAGGGAGAGCAGCAGCGAAGACCCCAGUGGAGCAGAACAGAGCAGACGCUAGUGACAAUACACAUGAUACUGGUGAAAUACCAUGCAGCAUUGACAGGAAGAGCUUGGGUGGAAGUGGGUGCAAAGUGUUUGUAGAGGAAGCAACAAGAGUAGGCAAGGUCAAGCUGUUUUGAUAGAGCAUAUUGGUAUUUGCCAAUUGGAUGCAGAGAUGGUAAGCGGCUAAGCUGUCAGCUGAGGUCCUGGGCUGAGCUCGACUCAAUAAAUACUUUGCUCAAUUUUACCACUUAUUCAGAUCUCUGAGUCUCAAAUAAAGAUUUAAAAAACAAGAACAUUUAAAUAACUGAUCUAAGCUUUUUGCUUCAAUUUUCUGACAUAAAAUCUUGUUUGAAGCUGCUUGUAUAUUAAGCAUGGUUAUUUGAAUUUCUUGUUGUAUACAGAGUGCCCCCUGGGAUUUCAUGGACCAGGCUGUUCCAUGACAUGUUCAUGUCACACUGCUGCUACUUGUGACCCACAGACUGGACACUGUGUCUGCCCUCCUGGCAAAAUGGGUCAUGACUGUGCAUCGUGUAAGAGCAGAUCAAAAGUAUAACUAUUAUUACUCAUUUUAGCUUUUAUCAGAUCAUGUGAGAUGCUAAUAAUAGAGUGGGAGAAAUAGAGUAAGUGACACAUUUACGACGAAACAAAUAAAUACAAUUCAGUUUAAUUUUCAAGAAUCAUUUGUUUUUCUUCUUAGCAUGUAAAUCAGGUUAUUGGGGACCAGGAUGUCUCAGUAAGUGCCAGUGCAACGAGACGUCUCUGGGAUGUGACACUGUCAGCGGUCAGUGUGUGUGUGAAGCUGGAUUCACUGGAGACCACUGCGAGAGGAGUGAGUGAACUUUUUAAAUAACACUGCCAUCUAGUGGGGUUUGGGACUCAUAACACCUUUUUAGUUCGUUUGUAUUACUCAAAGUAACCUGGAUGUUUGAUUUUAUUUUAAAUUUAAAUCAUGUACCUCUGCAGACUCUGUGGGAUAUGACUAACUUUGGAUGAAAGAUUUAAGUGUUUUACUUUAGAUUAUACAGUCAAGAGAUGAAGCUCAGAAAAUGCACCAAUCUCAUAAAAUGAAACAGUAUUCCUUGUUUUAUGAAAAGCUUCCUCUCACUCUUAAUCUUCCUCCCUCAUAUCUUCACUAUCAGAGUGUGUGAAUGGCAGCUAUGGGCAGGGAUGUACCCAGCAGUGCCGGUGUCAGAAUGGAGCUGCCUGUGACCAUGUGAGCGGAGCUUGCACAUGCUCACCUGGAUAUGCUGGAACUUACUGUGAAAAAGGUACGGUUUAAUUUUAUUUCUAACACACAUUCUUGUUCUUUUCCUGAUGAUAUCUCUCAUAAGAAGAUUGAAGGUUUCUUGUUGUUUGGAUUCAUUUUCAUCCGAACAUAAAUGUGAUUAAACCGUUUUUGAGAUUUAUUAGAAUGAUCUGGUUUAAUUAUUCGCUGGAUUCGUUUGAACAAGAAAGGUUACUUUACGCGACGGACAGAUGAAGCUUCAUGAAGCUUAUGAAGCUUUGGAGUUUUCAUUCAAUUCGUGUUGGUAAAGAUUAAAAGCUCUAAAGCUUCAAACUCUACAAGCAGUGUGACAUUUGUGAAACAAAUCUCAGACUUCUCAAAGAUUUUCUGAAGCAUCAGUACACCUCUCUGAUAUUCAUAGUUUUAGUCUUUUGAGAAAUAAUAGUCAGGAUAAAACUAUCUUUGAAUCUGCCCGCCUUUGUUCAGAGGUGCUGCGUUGAUUAGUUAAUAUUUCUGUGUGAGUUAGUCGUAAAUUAGUCAUAAACUAUGCAUUUUCACAAAGCUCCAUUAUUUAUUUACUGUAUUUUCUGAUAUAAAACAUAAGUAAAUAUAUUUGGUUGUUAAAUAAGUUGCAGAUUUUCUAUCUUUUAUUCUUUGUAAUUGAUUAGACAGUUAACAUAUGAGACUGUCAGAAGCUCGAGUUUGAGCUGCUGCCCUCAGCCCGCAGAUACCGGUGCCCAGCCCUCACCAAGAACAGGUCCAGGUGGUCGUUUGUACCAUGGGUGAUUUUACAAUUGAAUAAACUAAAAUAGAUUGUGGGCAGCUUUAUUCUUUAUUUUUAGAUACUGGUUCAGCUGGUCUGAGCACAGAUACAUUAUUUAAAGACUAUUUAUUGAAAUACUUUUUUGAAUUGACAAAGUACAGUGCAGUAGGAUUUUCAUAUCGUCUUUUCUGAGUUGUUUUGUUUUAUAUGGGACAGUGUAUGGAACUGUGUAUGUGUGCUGUCUUUGUGCAUGUUUUCAAAGUACUGCAAAUGAAUUUCCUCACGGGGACAACAUCAACCAACCUACCUACCUACCUACCUACCUACCUACGAGUUAAGCUUUAUAUGUCACUGGUCAUGUGACAUCCCAUUUUUCUUAUUAUAGCUGAGGCCGUGCAGUUCACUCAGUAAUAUAAGCUUUGGUAUAUGCUCAUUUUAUGUAACUUGUAGUAUGAAUAAGGUUAUACUUGGCCCAUUAUUUGCAUCUUUUACUUGAAAAAAUCUUGUCUUAAUGUCUAUCUAUGACCAAAUUAUUUGAGGUGUAUCUUAUUUGACAUCUUAGAUGAUGUCUCAGAGGCACAGAGCCCUCCUUUGUAUUUCUGCUUUUGUGUCUCUGCACAUGCGGUGCUCUUUACUCACAAAAAAAGGAGCUAGAACAAUCCUAGAAAUAGAUAUAUAUUCGAGCUUCACAUGUAAGAAUUUGCAACUGUUCUCUGUCUUAGAAAAGUAGUGCUAACUGAAAAUUUGGACUUUGGGUUGUUGAUUUGACACAAAAAAGUUUCAAAGUGAUGUUUGUCAUCCCUGAAUCCUCAAUGGAGGCAGCUUCUCUCAGGCACAAGCUACAUGAAAUCAGCAGUCAUCAUAUUUUGAUACACUAGAGGGCACUGCAAGACACUCUUCUGAUUUUCUCAUCUGCGCCUCAGUUUCGGUGAAUCACCACACAGAUUCAAUGAAUCAUCAGAUUGUCCGUGUAAUGUCAUAACCAAAACCAUUUUAAAACCACACAAAUCCCAAGAUAUAAUUUGUAUGAGUCAUCUUGGGGCAGAUUGACUGUAUUUCAUAGGCUGCAGAGUUUUUCUACGCAUCUUGCCAUGGCAAACCCCUCAAGUAACCAAUAUUUUUUCUCAUCAUGGGGAUAUUUUUACUGUACUGCAAGACGAACAAGCAGUCCAAGAGUCUUAACAAUGUAAUAGAUUUGUUCUUGAUUAUAGUCUUUUGACUUGAAAUGCCCUCAUGUUAUUGCAAGUGUAAGAUUUAGUGUGAGAGUACGACCAGGGCCAGAAAUUCAUACCACCUCUGUAGCACACGGGGCAUUGUAAAUCACAGGCGUGUCACACUAGAACGGAGUUUCACAUCCCCAGUCAUAACAGUCUAAUGGCCUCAGACACAGACGUUGCUCUGAUUGGACAUCUCUGUGGAAAGACGGCUAUCGUUCGGACCAGAUUCUGUUUUCUGAGAGCCGGUUUCUCCUCAAACAGAGGUGUCCAGUUUCUCCGUCUUCUGCUGGGCCUCUUCCUUAAGGAGACGUCAGGAAGAGGCCUGUGCUAUGAGAAGGACCAGAUCUCUCUCUGGUGCAUCUGUUUCACAGAAUUAAAAUGGAAAGAGAUGACUUUCCACUUUAGCGUGUGAGAUUCAACGUGGGCGAUAUUCUCUUUUCGUGACAUUAUUUGCGGAAAGGACUGGAUCUGGAAGACACAAAAAGGUUGUUACUAUGGGGAAAUGCAUAGUUUCAUUGAGUAUUCUUGUGGCAUUGAGCUUGAUACUAAACAUUUCUGUCAAGCCUUGUCAGAGGAGGCGAUCCAUUGUGCUGACAUGGGUCCUGCACACUGGACCACUUCAAUUAACGUGGAUUGUGCUUCGUUUCUAGUUUUCAGCUUUGAUGUUCGUAUCAAAAUAGCUCAUUUGGUUGCGAUAAAAAAGAAGCCUGGUUCAGCUGGCAUCGAACAUCCGCGUUAUUGUCGAAGAAACCGGGUUGUUUUGAUGUUGUUGUGUUGACCUCUUUCAGUGUAUAGACCCUGAAUAGCACCAGGAAGUUCUAUUCUGUGUUGGCUCUAUCCGCUCUAUUUCUGUGGCCUGCCCUCCCCGGCUGUGUGGUCUUUGGACCUGCUUUAUGGGCUGACAGCAGCGGCUCUUACACAACCAGGAAUCUGGAAAUAAUCCUCCUGUCUAAAAGAGCUCAUUUAGUGCAGAGAUGGAGUCUUUCAACGAUGGCACAGUGUGUGUGUGUGUGUGUCUGUGUGUGUGUGGGGUGGACUGAAUCACUCUGUGCCUACCUAUAAACAAAGAGAAAGAGAGAAUAGUCUUUACUUACCAACACUUGUGGACUGUGUUAAUACCAGAAGACAGAUUGUUGCUCCAUUGUUUAAAUGGAAACCAAUCGCCCCCUGCUGGAUGAAGAAUUCGUAAACUUGAAGUGUUGUAGUGACACAUGGAAAAUUAAAGGGCUAUCCAGCGUAAAAUUAAGUUAGGGUAAAACACACCAUAACAUCGAGUUAGACACCCUCUUGAGAGAUGAAUGUUGCUGACUGCUCGCUUCUCUAGUUAUACCAACGUUAGUAACGACCGCACGAUAGCAAUACACAGCGGUUUCAGGAGCCAUGCACAAACCUUAACCAAAACGCCACUCUAUAACCACAAAGAAUGCUCAGAACAGCACCUAACUUCAUCAACAGUACAUAUAGGGUACUAGCCACAGCACUAGCCACCAAAUAUCUUUUUAACUUUGCCUGAUUUCUUUAGCAAAGAGACUAAACACAACUCACCCACUCUCUUCUAGCAGCCGCUUGUUUGUAGUGAGACCUCGGGCCAGUCCAUUACGGACUGCAGUGGGGUGACACAGCUCAAGGAAGAACAUUUAUGAUCAUGUCUUGGAAUGGAAAAUGUCAUGGAAAUACAAUCAGACCGAGAUGCUAAGGCAGAGGAACAACCGCGUCUGCAGUGCAAAAUUAUUAAUAUGGUGAUUAUUACCUCAAGGAAAUGAAAAAAUAAUGAUCAUAAAUGUUCUUCCUUGAGCUGCGUCACACCGCAGCAGUCCGUAACGGACUGGCUGAGGUCACACUACAAACAAGCGGCUGCUGGAAGAGAGUAGGUGAGUUGUGUUUAGUCUCUUUGCUAUUGAAAUCAGGCAAAGCUAAAAAGAUAUUUGGUGGCUAGUACUAUGGCUGGGACCCUAUAUGUACUGUUGAUGAAGUUAGGUGCUGUUCUGAACAUUAUUUGUGACUAUAGAGUGGCUUUUUGGUUGAGGUUUGUUUAUGGCUCCUUAGACCACCGUUUAUUGCUAUUGUGUGGUCAUUACUAAAGUUGGUAUAACUAGAGAAGCAAGCGGUUGGCAACAUUUAUCUCUUGAGGGGGUGUCUAACUUGGUGUUACAGUGUUUGACCCUAACUUAAUUUUACGCCGGAAUAUCCCUUUAAAGGGAUGUUGUGACAACAAUGGAGAAAGUGUCAAAAUACUCUGUGAUUACAGUGUGAGUGUAACUCAUUUCUCUCUAAUGUAUCAGUGCUAAUUUUAUUUAUCAUUCAAAAUAAUAGAUGAGGUUCCCGAAACAUCCAGCAGGACUAAAAGAUGUUGCUAUGGUGUCAGAAUUCCUAUCCUAAUAACAAACAGCAGAUAAUUAAGCUGUGAUUUAGCCGCAGCGCUACCACAGACCUAAUGUACAGCUGGAUUAAAAUGACAGCAUCCUCAGUGGGUUGGCUUUAAUAACAUCACAGCCUUAACCACUACAGAGGAAAGCAAAGACGUCAUGCUGUCAGCGUGGGAACACAGAGACAGCCAUGCCAGAAACUGCUGAGCAGGAAGGAUACUUUCCCAAUUUGAGGCCUUGAGGCAAAAAAUAACAGGAGGAGUGGACAGCAUCAUCAAUUUGAGCAGGAGAAGCAAGGGGGAUGAUGCAUAAACCUUGGCGGAACACCCGGAGUACUGCAGCAUUUAGAAAACACAAAACCACCGAGUUACACAUUUCUGCUGCAGUCCCAAUUUGUGGCUUCCUUUGGUAACAUGGUCCACUGCUUCCCCCUAAAGAUAGAAGAUGUGGUGUGUAAAUGAAAUGCUGGCUGCUGCAGUAAUAAAGGUUCAAAGCCCUAUCAGGAUCAGGUUUUCUCACUUGUUACUGCUAAAAAAAAAAAACAGACGAGACAAAUAACUGCUUGUACGAUUUAGAUAAAUAAAUCAAAUAUGUUUUUUUUUUAGUGGCAAAUUGAGUAAUGAAAACAGAGCCAGACAGCAAACAGAGUUUCCUUCUCUGGUGAAGUUAUGUUUACCCUCGGGUGGGAAUCAAUCAUCCUGAUUUUAGCUUGAUUGUAGGCACAUAUUUACAAAUCUCUCCAAGUGUUGUUUAUUUCUAAACACUCAAACAACCUCUCUAGCAGUCUGUAAGAAUAAGAGAUAAACUUUUUGUCCUCGUUUCAUAGACAUUACUGAAGGUACAAGUGUGUGUGUGGGUGUGCGAUAGGGCGGCACAGUAACCUGGCUUUGUUUUGCAGUGUAUUGGUGAGGCAUGUGGACUCAGCAGGUGCUCUAAUUACCAGCUUUCUCUGCACCCUCUACACCCAGAAAAAGAGAACGGUCUUAAGAGCUGCCGUGGACUUUGAUGUGGCCCAGAUCCACCACACAUGUGGGACAUGAGCUCACUUAACGAAUGCAGACCCUCUGCAAAUGAACAGCCGCAGCAUGGUGCCGCAAUUUGAUAUCGGUAUUUUCAGUAGGUGGUAAGACAGAGAGGGAAAGUAGGAGAGAAAAGAUGGGGAAGAGAAAGAAGUGAAAAAAAGAAAGUAGCUGGCAUCUGAACCUUUCCUCUCCUUUUUUUUACGAAGCUGCCAGUUCUAACCAGUCGGAUGUUUUAUCUCGGCCCACAGUGUGCCCGGACGGCUUUUACGGUCUUGACUGUGGCCAGAUGUGCGAGUGCAGGAACGGUGCCCGCUGCCACCACAUCACAGGAGCCUGCCUAUGCACCGCCGGCUGGGCAGGACCACACUGCAUUCUGGGUAAUGGAAGCCACAUCAUUAAAAUGGGGUGUGAGGGAGGCCCUCGCUGCAUCCCAUCACGACAUCCUCUCCUUAAACACAACUACGAUGUGUUUGUGAACAAUUAUCUCUACAACGAGCCUCUGCCGAUGACUUUUUUAGGGAUGGGUACGGGUGGAGAGCGGGGAGGAUAAGAGUGCCCUCAGGCGUACAUGGUUUAAUUAAGGUCUAUUCUGGAUAAAUGCACCCACGUGUUUAUGGUGAUCAACAUUAGGAGAGGAGAAAGUAACUCAAAGAGUCCUUAGUCGAGAACCAAUCAGUGUUCUCAUGCUAAACUUUUUUCAUGGAGUUGUUUUAAUGAAUCCAGUGAAAUGCCCACUGAAACUCUUAGUCUGUCAUCGUGCAGUCUUAUUCAAGACUUUCCUCUCGCCACAGUCAUUUUGUGGUCCUAACAACCCAAGCCAGAGUCAGCAGAAAACCACUUGUAUGACUUAAUGAUGCAUCUCUAUCAUUAGUGCAUUUUCCUCUUAUUUAGACCUCAAAUGUCAUCCACGGCUUUGAUCAUUACAGAGAAAUUCACGAUAAAUGACUGCAAUCAUGACUGCUCUUUAGUUAUGAAUUUAUAUCAAAAGGUGCGCAGGGGUGUGUAAAUGUAAUGUGUGUGAUGUGUUGGUGUGUUUAUGUGGUUGUGCAGAAUGCCCACAGGGUUACUUUGGAGAGCGGUGCAGUCAGACCUGUGGGUGUCAGAAUGGAGCCAGGUGUGACCACAUCAGCGGGCGAUGCAGCUGCGCAGCGGGCUGGACAGGCGUCAGCUGCCAAUUGCGUGAGUAGCUUAUCACUCAGCAUGACAAACCCUGUCUAAUGUUUCCUGUUUAGUAGCAGUGGGAUACACACUUAAACUCUUACUGCAGAUUAACAGGUUUACCUGGCUUCACCUCAUAAUCAUUAUUGAUUUUGUCUUAUAUAUUCUAGUGUCUUGUUUUGGGGGGAAUGCUUCUCUGUAAGACACAUCCAACCGUUUUGGUUCAUAAAUAUGCAUUAUGACUUAAAAUAGCAGUGAAUAGUGACAGUUAACUUGAAGUUCAGUAGUUUUACCUGCAACAGAUAGAGAUGGACGGACUUUUUGUUUGAACUUUUAUCAUGAAAUCAUGAACAAAAACUUUCGGGUGACAUUUUAUUUAUGUUUUUAAAAGUUAUAAGCACUUUUUAAAAUGUCAUGUUUCUGAGAUCAUUUGAUGCGCCCACUUGGUUGCAAAAAUGUGCAUCCUAAAUUAAAAAAAAAAAAAAAAAAUCAUGUAAGUAACUCCAAAUACAGGUUUUUAUGACAGAGGAUUAGGGCCACAAGAACAGAAAAAUAUAAGAACAGUAGGGAGUUUUUUUUAAAUUUCCAUCUCUAGAUUAAAGUCAAAAUUUCGAGGUUAAAGUUGAAAUUUUUUCGAGAUUAAAGUCGAAAUUUAAAAAAGUGGAAGUGAAAAAGGUCGAAAUUUCGAGAUUAAAGUUGAAAUUUUGACUUUAUUCACAUUUUAACAUCUUUUAAUCUCGAAACAUCAACUUCAAUGUCAAAUUUAUCAUCUCGAAAUUUCGACAUCAUUCACUACAUUUCAACAUUUUGUAAUCUCAAAAUGUCAUCUUUAAUGUCAAAUUUUAAUUCACGAAAUUGUGAAAUCAUUCACGACAUUUCGACAUUUUUAAUCUUGAAAUUUUGAGUCAAUAUUUCAAAAUUUAAAAAAGUGGAAGUGAAAAAAGUCAAAAUUUCAUUAUUGAAGUCGAAAUUUCGACUUAAUUCAUGACAUUUAUACAUUUUGUAAUCUUGAAAUAUCAACCUUAAUGUCAAAUUUUAAAGCUCGAAAUUUCGACAUUAUUCACAACAUUUUGACAUUUUUCAUCUCAAAAUUUCGAUUUUUUUCAUUUCGACUUUGAAAAUUUUGACUUUAAUCUCGAAAUAAAAAUUUCAAAAAUCUCCCUCCUUUUCUUAUUUUUUUCUCUUCUUGCGGCCCUAAUCCUCUUUCGUAGGUUUCUGUACAUUAGUAUCGGAAAGAGGAAAUUGAAAUGUUGAUUUUUUUCUUUCCGUACGUAACUUUUGGCUUUUAGUUGUCUCAUACUCACCUGUUUUUGGAGGAUUUAUACAUGCAAAUAAGUGGUACUGGAGGACAUUGAGAUGAAAAAAGAUAUUUUGAAUACAAUUGGGUUGGAUAAUUAUUUAGUCGUUAAUUUUCUUCCCCCUUAUUGCACCCAUGUAGGUUACUUAAAUGUGUUUUUUCUUUGUGUGACGGCAGCCUGUCCUGCAGAAACAUUUGGGGAAAACUGUCUCGGACAAUGUGUGUGUCAAAACGGAGGCUCUUGUGACAGUGUGACAGGCCACUGCUCCUGCCCGCCAGGCUGGACAGGUGCUGCCUGUGAGUCAGGUGAGUUCAAAAACAUAAACGUUUUUAUUGCACUGGGGUACAUGUGUGUUUACAUUUUAUGCGUUCUUGUUUUAAUCAGUCUAUAUCUUUUCACUGCGAUGUUUAUAAUUUUGCACCUUGGUCUUCCAUCUGAGGUUUCCUUUCCGUCUCUCCUAGAGUGCGGGGACGGGCAUUAUGGGGAGAACUGCACACAGGCCUGCAGCUGUGUGAAUGGAGGACAAUGUAACAGAGGGACAGGAAGAUGUGUGUGUCUGCCUGGGUGGACAGGAGAGCUCUGUCAAACAGGUGACCUCCCGACCUCAACAUCAGCACGUUACAUGACAUAAAAUUGAUACUCACUGAGCAUUUCAGCUUCUGCCAGUGUCAUUUGUUAUCCUUUACUAGUUUUAUUUACAUGCAGUAUAUAUUGAAGAACAGCCUACAAAGAUUUUCCUUUUAUCUUUCUUUACUUAAGAUCUCUAACUGCUGCAAACUUGAAAAUUGCUGUUAGAGCAAUUAGUGCAAUUAGCCUCGGCUAAAUAGGUACAAAACCUUUUAAAAGUUUUCUUUUUGGACUGAACACGUACUAUUGUGUGUUCUGUCUGAAGCCUGUUCUGAGGGAUUCUUUGGCGAAGGCUGUGAGCGGCGGUGCGACUGCAUCCAUGGUUUGAGCUGCCACCAUGUGACGGGUCGCUGUGAGUGUGAGCCAGGCUGGAGAGGAGCCAGCUGUGACAAACGUGAGUGUGUGUGUGUCUGUAGGAGCAAGGAAGUUACAAACAGAAUUAAAAUAGGAAAAGAGGAGCUUUGAACUUCUAGAUGAACUGAUUAUGUGUUCUUGCUUGUGGACGUUAAACCCUCAGCCUGCCUUCCGGGGUCCUAUGGGGCUUCCUGUGCCCAACGGUGUGACUGCCGGGCUGGGGUGUCCUGUCACCAUGAGACGGGGAGUUGUGGGUGUCCAGCUGGGUUUACAGGGCCUGGUUGUGAAAAAGGUAAGAGUGAAGGUGACAUUGAACUUUGCAGCACACAUGAAACCCACUGAGUGUUUUUUGGUCUAAAAGAGGUCUAAUAUACGUCUAAAUGUAGCCUAGAUGUCUUGUCUAAAAUCAGGUUACCACAGGUCAAAAAAUGAAAGUUUUUGGUCUAAAUUUAGACCAAGUUUAUAUCAAGUUUAAAUCUGGGCUAUAUCGAUAAUACACUGUAUUUUGCUCAAUGGCUAUCAUAAUUAUCUUGGUUAAAUACCUAGAGAUCAGUUAUGCAACUCACAGUUCCUUUUGAAAUAAAUAGUUAUCAAAUAAUAGGUUAAAGUGCAACGUCUAAAUUCUGUCUAAAAAUAUACAAAAUUUAGACGGUUGACAUUAGGUCUAAAAACAAACUAGACGUCUAAUAGCCGUCUAUUGCUUUGCUGUCUUUAAUGUCAGUGAAUCAGCAUAUGAAUGAGACGCUGAUUCAGUCAUAUGAAUUUUGUACUUCACAUAUUUGCAAAUGUGUCUUAUUGUAUAGGUGCUUGUUUGAUAGUCUUGGCACUUUUUUGAUAUUACGGUCACUCAAAACUGUUUGUGCAACAUACUUGGGAUGCACCGAUCCACUUUUUUCACCUCCAAUACCAAUACAGAUAUCACCAGUCUUGUAUCGACUGAUCCAAUUCAGAUACAGAUAAGCCAGGCUGAAUUACCUUUUGUUGUAACCUGAAGUUUUACCACUGCCCCUUGGAACAUUUACUGCGCAGGUAUUGCAAGUGGCUGUUGAGCUUGUAGGCUGAGGUAUUGUGUUAGAGUUCAAGAUAGCAGACCCCUUUGCUCGCUCCAUUUCGAAAACAUUGUGGGCAUCUGCUCAGCGUGUUUACUUGUGGAUGCCACUCAAGGCGCAUAGCAUAGACUUAGACUGAAUAGAUCAGCCCCUAUGCAUCGGGAUCGGGCCCAUUGUCGCGAUACCCGAUCUAGAAUUUUCUUCAGUAUCAGGACGGAUACCAAGAUACCAAGAUCAAAUGUCAGAUCAGUGCGUCCCUACAACAUACUAGAUGUGCAAAGUUGAAAAAACACUCAGACGAGGCAUCAUGGGGUUAAAAUGUUCACCAAGAAUGAUUCUCUCAGCUCUGAUUAAAAUUUCUUUCCUCUCAUUCUCAUGGGAAAGAUUAGCAUGUAUUCCAUUCCAGGAAAUGCACUCUACAGAGGCACUAAACUCUCACUGUCACAGGAUUUUAUGCUAAUGUUUCAUUAUUUAGACUGUACCGUUAAAGACUGUGUACAAGCAGCUUCCCCACUCAGCCCUUCAUCACUCCUUCUAUACCCCCAGCUCCCUUCCUCUCCUCAUACACUCCCCAGACAUCUGAUAAACGUUACACACCAGUUGCCAAGUAAAACAGAAGGCAUUGUUUUUGUCUCCUCGGCGGCGGAUAAGGGCUUUUGGAAAGCAGACAUGCAUAAUGACAGCAGCGUAAUUGCCUCUUUAGUCUGGAGUUCUUUCUUAUCUGUCCCCCACGCCGCCUGCUGCUGCCUGACUGAGUAUCCGAGUGCUGUGGUCUCACCCCAAAACAUGUUCGGUUCACAGAUUCAUCUUGUUUGCUAUGACUGAUUGUCUACGGGCUCCAUUCAUUAUUUUGAUGAGCAUAUGUGAAUGUAUGAAGAGAGGGUGUGUGAAAGAAUGUCCCUCUGAGUCCAUCUGGGUUUGGGCACCAGAGAAAAUAGCUGGGAGUUUUGGUUUUGUUGGUCAACGGUGAAUGUUCCAGUAUGUCCACAGAGCAAUCUGAAGGGAAAGGGAUGAAAGGAAAAUAUCCCACAAAAUACUUAAUGCUCACAUCUAUCUGUUGUUAUAAUCCUAUAAAAAACUACUUAUAGCUGUAGAACACUAAGACCCUGUGUUUGCUGACAGACUUAAAAAUCUGUGUCUGCUACUGGACUGAAUGUUACACAAGUUAAACUAUAAACUCUGUUUGUGAACUUGAAGUAACCCAGCUGGUGUUUCAUUUUUUCCUGUGCAAUAUUUUUGGCAAGUAUUUCUUAUUUGAAAACUUAAUAAUCAAAAAUGUCAGAAGGCGUAAAAAAUAUUUGCUGAGCAUUUCAAAAAUUUUGAGAUAAAUCAAUCUUUGUAACAGAGGUGCAUUUCAAUGAUUUACACAUUUAAAUUUUAGAGUCGUAUGCUAUGUUAGAGUGUUAGGGCCAUAUUAAGAAAAAAAAAAUUAUAAAACUUUGAGAUUAAAAUCAUUAAUUUAAAAGAAUAAAGUAAUUACUUACGAGAAUAAAGUCGUAAUAAAAUCAUUAUGAUACUUAUGAUAAUGUGGUGCUGAUGUGCCAAAAGAUUAAGUAUCUCCUUGUUUGAGAAACAUCUAUUGAAGUUAAUUUUCACAAAAUGCUCCAUGGCUCUCAUUUCAACAACUGUCAUCUUAAACAACUGGUUAGAAUAUAAGGAUUUUAAGUUAUUACUUUGCUACAACUUUAUUCUCGUAAAUUAUGAUUAUUUCCUCGUAAGUUAAUGACUUUAAUCUCAAAAUCUUCAUUUUUUUUCUUAAUGUGGCCCUAAUUCUCCAUCGUAGUAUGCCACAUACUUCCAGCUCAACAAAUUCAUGUUUUUUUUAUGUUUGUCUGAUAUAUUUUUCUUUUUUUAAAUUUUUUUAAAAUUAUAUUUUAUUUUAGCCUGCCCCGCUGGUACAUACGGGCAGAACUGCAGCCAGCUGUGCGGUUGUUCAGGAGACCAUGAGCAGUGUCAUCCUGCGACAGGGAAAUGUAGCUGCUUACCUGGUUACUACGGUGCCCGCUGUGAACUGAGUAAGUGUUAUGUUAUUAUUGCUUAUAUUGCACUGUUAGAUAUAAUGUUUUCACAUAUAUGGGGUUGUUUCUUGCAAGCACAGUGUUGAAAAAACCUUGAUAAGACCAUCUGCUCUUUGCCAUGGUUUGUCUCCAGGAUGCCGAGCAGGAACCUUUGGGCCAAACUGCAAGUCCAGAUGCAGCUGCAUCAAUGGUGGUCGCUGUGACUUCAGGACUGGGACUUGCUACUGUCCUCCUGGCUUUAUUGGAGCUGACUGCAGUUUAAGUUAGUAAAGAAACCAGAACCUUGUUUGUACUGAGAUCGGAAAAAAAGGUUCUACCUUUCCAUUCUUUCCUUUUUAAAGUUACUGUGGGUAGAAACGGGAUUAUUUAGAGGUCAGAUUCUAGAUAAAAACUCUCUCCUUCUUGCAGCCUUUGUGAGGAGACAAGAAGGACAUGUGAUGCACGCUAAAUAUGGUCCAUCACAACAACUACUUUUCUUCUUUUUCCAUUCUAGUGCAUUUCACACAGACACUCACCAAAUAUAAAAACAUGGAUGUCAUGAAUUAUGCUAGGGUUGAAACAUGGUGGUGCAGGAUAGCUGCCUCCUUGACUGACUCCUUAUGUAGAUAUAAAUGGCUUUUUAUAAACUAAACCAUCUGUCAAGUGAUAAGACACAAAUUUAAACACACCGAUGAACAUUAUACUCCAUUUCUACAAAGUCUGCUCUUGUAAGUAUUGCUUAAAACUACACACUGUACCUUUAAUCAUAAUUACCCAUAUUGGAGAAAAAUCAGAUGCAGCUCUGAGGGUUUAUAAAAUGAUGUUCUUUAUCUUUAUAAAUAUUUAAGUGUAUAAGAGGACGUGUUUGUUUUACAAAGGUUGCCCCAGUGGGUACUAUGGGAAGGACUGUGCUAAGCUGUGCUCCUGCGGAGAGGGAGGGGACUGCCACAAAGUAACUGGGAAGUGUAUCUGUGCCCCUGGUAGGAUGGGACAGUCCUGCCAACAAGGUGAGCUGUUUGAUUGAGUUGAUUCAUAACUGUAUGCUGUGAAACCCUAAAACACUGAUUCUUGUGUGUAUGCUUUCGUAAAGGCAGCAUCUGAUAUUUUUAUGUGCAUUUUUGUAAAUGAAUAAAUUAUUCAUGAUUAAUUUUUAGAAUACAGAAUGUACCAAAAUACAUUAGCAUUUAUAGAGACAUGAAGUCGUAAUUUAAUGCAAUUUACGUAAAAAGUAAAAUGACAACAAAAAUAUUUAUUGAUGCAUGUUCAAAAUAUUUCAGUUUCAUGUAGUAGGUUGUUGUUGGCACCUUAAAAAAAAUAAAUGGACAUAUUCUGAAGCAAGGAGGCAAGUAUAUUUAGUAAUUUCACAAACUUCUAUUUCUAACUUUUAAUAAAAUACAUAAAGAUGAUUUUAAUGUUGUCAGCCAUCGUUUAACCCUUAUUUGUAGUCAAAGCACCACUGACCUGAUUUGCAGAAGUGGAAAACUCUGUAACUAAUAUGCUCCUCAAAAAUUGGAAGUCUUGACUGCAAAGUGAAAAACAACCACUAAAAUGAGGGAGCAUUUUGCAGCAUUUUUCUCUGUAUAUUUAAGUAACAAAUUCUCCAUUUCCUGUGAGUGAGGCCUCUGAUGAUCACAGGGCUGAUUUCCUGGGAAAAAAUAGAGUCAGAGUAGGAAUUCUUUAUCUCUUCCAUUAUCAGCAGCUCUGCUACAAUGCGAGUGGGGAUUUCCACUGCUGUUUGUGCUAAAUGGUCUCUUUUUCUGUCCUCUUGGAUUCAGUACACAUUAAGCUCCUCUUGUUGAAUGUUUACAGAGACCUAUAAGUAGCUCGUUCUCUGUGUUCCGUGUCGCUGAAUUUGGCAAAGAAGCAAAUAAACAAACAAGGAAAUCGAAGAUAACUUGCUUAUUGUUUUCUCAGUCUUAAUUACCCGGAGAAACAUGAUUAUUCUUCUAUAUCGGUGCCAAAUGAGACUACUCUGCCAUCUCUGUAAUGAGCUGUUGCUUAAAUAAACAUGAAUGUGGUCGGCGUAAUCUUGUAUAUGAGUUUGUGUGUGAAAGAAACAAAAAGACGGAGCACACGCUGGCACUUUGUAUCAUCUGUGUUUCGAGAGGAGAAAAGAAGGGCCUGGAGUUCUUUUCAUCCUCAUCUCCUCUUGAUAUUUCUCCAGCAUGUCCUAGGGGGCGCUAUGGCCUGCACUGCAGACACACAUGCAGCUGUCAGAAUGGGGGUCUGUGUGACCCUGUGGAUGGGUCCUGCAAGUGUGGACUGGGCUGGACAGGACCUCGCUGUGACACAGGUAUGACGGAUUAAACACAGUAGAAAAUGAUAUGAACUAAUCGGAUCCACUUGACUGUUGCUUGUGACUGAAUUUAAAAUUAUUUUCCAGGUUUUGAUACAGGUUGAGAUGAUUUUUAAGGAACAAAUGGGGUCCGGUAAUGACUGUAGAGUUUGUUGUUUCAGUUCAGUCUUUCCCCUCAAAAACUAACACAGUGCGUUUUGAUUUAAGUAAGCAUAAUGUUCGCUAGGUUGUGUCAUAUGCAGAGAAAAGUGGAAGAAAUAACUCUCUUUAAAGACACACUUCCAUGUGGCUUUUCUAGUUUUCAGAUUUAAAGCUCCUGUGAGGAGUUUUUUCUAAUAUUUAUGAAAUAGUCUGGAAUCCAUAGGGGUACCUUUUCAGGAUAUCCAAAAACCAGGAAGACCAUAGGCAACAAGAUUGAUGAUUCUUAUAUCUUGAUUUUUAAUGCCUGAAACCUUUGCAUGGGGGUAGGUGUCAACGUCCCAGCUAAAGAAACCGUUGAGUUUUUACAAUUUCCAAAUAAAAUAUUCGCUAUAAAUGAAAAUUUGGCUGUUUGAAGUCAGCAGGAUAAGAUUUUACAUUGAAAAUCAAAAGGUGAGCAUGUAAAGGACAAGUGAAGACCGUAAACUCCAGGGGGGCGUCAGAAUGGGCACAAACCAUAGACUGUAUAUAGAAUGGACAGCGUCUGCCUCCUCGCUGGGUGAAGCCACCCACCGAGAACAGCACCCUCUGUUGGCAGGCUGCAGUAUAAGUCAUAAAUUCCGCCUCCGCCAGCAAAGCUUAUGGGGCUGUGGACAAACUUUAGAAAUUUAUUACACAGAGCAUAAAUUUUUCUCCCUUGUGAUGUUGACAUGUAGUUACUGUAAGACUGGUUUGUGCUCAAGUCAUCACAGCGACUCUCGGUGACUCCUCCGCUGAAUGCGUACAAUGCUACAGCGCAGUAUUGGUUUCAGGAAAUGAAGAAAAAUCACAGAAAUAUCGACAGCUUUUCGGCUUCAAAUCCGUAUACAGGCAGGAAGUGGAACCAAGUUGUCCAUAGUAUUUACAGUCUAUGGCUCAAACUAAAAGACCCUUGCAGGCACUUUCAAUUCUGAAAACUGAAGGAAGUGGGUAAAACAGUAACCCUAAAAACAGCAGGUGUUGGAUCUUUGAAUCUAUCUCUCCAGUUAGAGUAGAAGCCACCCCCUCUCCUUGGUGUGUUUACAGUGAGCAGCUUGCCAGGGUCAGUGUCAAGAUCACUUAUUCCUUUAGUUUGGUGAAGUUUACUGUCUCAUACAAAGCCGGCACACCUAAAUUGCUGAUCAGAGGACUGCAGGUCAGGGAAUAUAUACGUACUGCAUCCAAAUAUAGAGUGAAAACUAGUGGGCUUUUCUUGUGGGAGUAAAAUUAACUCCAUUUGCUACAGCUGAUAGCCUAGUUUUCAUGACAGUCUUCUGGCCAAUUUCUCCAAAAAGAUGGGCAUCCUCUGACACCCACUCACUGUUGACAAGAAACUCAGACAACACCACUUAAAAAAAUACAAUUAAUACGAUUUCUGUUGAGUUACAUAGUUUGUGAUCUCUCUUAUUCAUAACUGAGUUUUGAUUGAGAAUGUGAAACCAUGUUUCUCUGUGUGUAGCGUGUUCAGUUGGGAAAUACGGACCUGACUGUGCACAUGACUGUCUGUGUGUCAACAAUGGGACCUGUGACCGCUUCACUGGUGACUGCAGCUGCACUGCUGGAUACUACGGCCACUCCUGUCAGCACAGUAUGUAAAAAAUAACUCAUUAUACUAAAACAAAUUUACUGAUAAUGUUAUCAGACUUCCUUGAUAUAUUAUAGUUAGAGCUCGGGUAGUAAAGUGUGGAGAAUGCUGAUUUGAACCAACCCUGAAAGAUGAUUUCAUUUCAUCUCUAGCCCUGAAAUAAUAAAGCUAGUUUCAGCUCCUUUUGUCCUGUAGGUUGCUCUUCUGGGUUCUUUGGAGUAAAUUGUGCCCAUACAUGUGACUGCAAAGUGGGGCAGUCAUGUGACCAUGAGACAGGCCAGUGUGAGUGUCCACCAGGCUACCAUGGCGCUCAGUGCCAAACACGUGAGUAUAUAUGAAUAUCUGAACAUAAAUGAAUUUGUAGAGGUGGCAGAUAAACUUAAAGUACUUUUUUAAAGAGGAGUGGUAUACAAUCCUACAACUAUUUCAUAGGGUUGAGCAUCCCCACAAAGAUGGGAACCUAAAAAACACACUUGUCAUUUGUGCUCAUUGAUAAAGAGGCACCUGGAAGCCCAGCUGCAGCAGGACACAGACCAAAGCAGACAUAAGCAAAAUGAAUGCAGGGUUUGGUAUGAGUGUGCUCUGGCAGGCAGGGCUGACAGACAGGCUUAGCAGGUAGGUGGGCAGGAAAGCAGGCUGGUUAUAUGAUGAGAGACAGGUGUUUCCUGACUGCUUAAUGCAUUCCUGUUACAUCCCUGUGCCCUCCUGCCUGCAUGUGCCGCUCUGAGCUUCAGUGUGAGCGCCUAAAUGACCACUUCAGUCCCGGCAGGAGAUAUGAGUGUGCAGAGCAGAGCAGCUGCAGGACUCAACGUACGCACAGCGCUCUAUCUGUGUGUGCCUGCAGGAACAGUCCCUUAUCACUAAACGCAUUUGUAAAUAUGAGAGAAUCAGGCAUGUUGUUCUUUCACAUGUAUUCAGGCAGACUGGACAGCUGAAAAUCUCCUGGAUUAAGAAAAAGUGUGACAAAGCAAACAACAGGUUACUAUGGUGAUGAGGAAGUGUAGACAAAAACAAAAUAAAAAGUAAUUUCAGGUAAUUAUUGUAAAAUGAAUUUUAGCCAUAAUACCCUAAUGGAACAAAAUACAUUACUGUAAAUUACUGCCAAAACAUUCAAGCAUUAAUUAUGUCUGUCAUGGAGAGUUUAAGAAGAACUGCAUUAUGUUGGAAAAGACCCUCGACUGAUAUCGUUCGCUCUUUGCUUAACUCUGUAUUACAAUCCUGCUUACUGUUCGGGUUUUCGGUAUUCCCCACCAUGAUUCAUGUUAUUUGCCCUCUUGAUCAGUCUCUUAUGUGUUCCCCAGUUUGUUUUCUACCAUCUGUCUCUACACAUUUGGAUGCAGAAUUAGGUGACCAUUUUUUUCAUUUUUUUUUUGAUGUAUAACAACAUUUUACACCAUACUGUAAGAUACGAUAUGAUCCAAUAUAAAUUUUGACAAUACUUUUCAUUAUGAUACACUGCCACGAUAUGAUAUGAAAUGAUGCAAUUGAGAUGAUGCAUUAUAAUGUGAUCAGUAGCAUCAAUAAAUAAAGGUUAUUUAAACAGGAAUAAUACCUAAAUAUAGAAGUCCUAAAAUAAGAAUAAGAAGAACUUUAUUAAUCCAUUAAAAGAAAUUCAAUUGUCUGUCAUCUCAAUUGUCUCAUUUGUCAUGUCUCUAAAAAAAAAAAAAAAAAAAAAAAAAAACAAAGAAAAAAAACAACCUUUUUCUAUUUACAUAAGAGUUAUAAAGUCUGAUGGCUGUUGGUACAAAAGAUCUUCUGAAUCUUUCUGUCCUGCAGUGAAGAGAGAGGAGCCGUCCACCACCAUUGGCCCUUUGGUCCAUUACAGUGUUGUGAAGUGGGUUAUCCGUGUUCUUUAGAAUAGUCUCCACCUCCCUCAGUGUAGAUCUCUCCACCAGUUUGUUCAGACGUCUUGCAUCUUUGUGUUUGAUGCUUCCUCCCCAGCAGACUGCAGCGUAGAACAGAAAAGUCUAAAAGUCUCUUAAGAAAGGAAAUGAAGAAUGUUUUGCUAGACAAUGAAAGCACCCAUGACCAGAGUUAUACAAUAACGCUUCUCUAUUUGUGAUUUAAUGCAGGUUGUGACGCUGGUAGAUUUGGAGUGGGCUGUGAACAGUCAUGUGACUGUGCUGGUGAAGUCCUGUGCGACCCAACAUCUGGACAGUGCCAGUGUCCUCCAGGAAAAACAGGACAGAGAUGUGAGAAAGGUAAAUGCCACCUGGGGGGAAACCCUUUAACAAUCAUCUGUGGAAGUCCGUCCUGCAGAAACACACUGUCUUUCUUUUUAAUGUGCUUACGCUCCUUCACUUUUCUCUGUCUCAGACUGUGGAGGAGACCGGUUCGGUCCUGAUUGCUCUCUGCCAUGCCAGUGCUCCAACAGGGCCCGCUGUGAUGGACUGAACGGGCGAUGCCAGUGUCCGCUCACCUGGCUGGGCCCCACCUGCAGUGAAGGUAAACGUAGGACUCUAUUUCUAAACACACACUCACACAAAUUUUAAAGCUAAAGCAAAAUGUGCACACACACACACACACACACAUUCACACACAAAGAGGCUGUAAAGCUGAAGCAGCUUCAGUGAAAUACUGUGUCAUGAAGUGUGAGAGGCUCGGCCCUAUCACUCCAUGUGUCACCCUGUCUCCCUCAAUAGCCGCUCCUGUCUCCUGACAGUUAUUUUAAUCUGCACACAGCGUGUAGCCGGCCUCCAGGCUGUCUUCGUCUUACCUCCUCAAAGCCAAGCACACGGGAGACUACGUACCAGUUACUUCUCUUCCAAAAACCCCAGAACAUUUGCUUUUGAUUUUCAAAUAGUGCUGAUGUCCUCCUCCUUUUUUUUCUCCUUUUCAGCAGUUCUACACCAAACAGCAGCCUCACUGAACUUCUCCGCGUCCCAGAGAAAGAGAAGAGGAGGCCGCAAAACCACAUAACCCAAGCAGAGGUGCAGACUCCUGACUGGACAUUCAAAACAGAGGUCUGACUCGGUGAAAGUCUGCUCUGAUCAUCGGUGAAGAUGAUGAAAGGUGUUUUGUGCGAGUGGAAAGCAGCUGUCAAAAAAACUGGUGCUACAUCACUGGGCCUCGGACUCAAGAUUGUCACCCAGUGGACGUGACGUGAUGUGAGGGGCCUUAAAGGACCGUAAACCUCUGCAUCUUUAUGGAUACACCAACAGCACAAAUACCUGCAUUAUACACAUGUGACUUCUGUGUAUCUGAAGUGAACAUUUUUAUCUGUAGUUUGAGUGAGACUGUAUGUCCCCACUUUUUAUGGUGGAAUUUUGAAAAGGUGUGAAUGGAUCUUGUCACUGGUCAGCUAAUUUUUAUUUUCUUUGAACAACUACGAAUAUCCAGAUUUGUUUGAGUCUUUAUCAAUCUUUAUGCUCAGUGUAGUCAAGCGUGGAGUGAAAGUCCUGUAAGUCAGAUUCAUACGUUUAUGUUGAAAUCAUCCUUUUCUGUUAAAAAAAAAAGCAAACCCAUGCCGUCCAUCAGUAUCUUUCAUUGUAGGAUUAGUUUGAAUCUUACAUUUCUGUUUUAAUUUAGACAUCCAGAAUCUCUAGCAUGCAAAGAUGUUUCAUUUCAUUUUCCAUACACUGGAUGUUUGUGUUUUUGUGGGUCUUUCUUUCCACUCAAAACUGUAUGUUAAGUAGGUACAAGCGUUACGCCCCACCCGAAGGCGGCCCUAUGGGGCUAACAACUAUCCUCAUCUUUCGACCCAUCGAAUUGACAAAACACCUUCAAAAGUUUAACAAGUGAUUUAUUGUGACCAAAUAACAAAAUAAACACAACCUAAACACAAAGAACACACAACACAAAUGAGCGGCAGCAGAGCAGCAGUUCCCCCACCAAAUGCCUCCCCAGACUGCAGGCAGCUCUCAGUCUUUAAAGGCCCAGCACCAGGUGAGUCUGAUUGGCACUCAAGUGAUUUCACCUGGGCAGCUAUGGAGAGUCAAAAGGGGAAAAACACACACAAAACAAACACACAACAAGUAACCCGAAAAUCUUUGUCUGUAUGCCUUAAAUGGUGAAUUUUACAUGCAGAGAAAACCUUCACUCCUGACUGUGACUGCAGAGACAGUCUUCAUGCAGUAAUUAUUGAGUCUUUUAAUUCUUGGAAUACGAUAAUUUGAUCAAAUUAUCGCCGCUUUUAUUUUCACAUUUGCCUUGUAUUCUCUAGACACCACAUUUCACAGGCUCACUUUAACUUAUUUUAUCAUCUGCCUACACCUUCAGUUUACAAAUAACCAUAGAAUAAUUUUAUGUCUGUGAGUUAUUUUGAGAUCUGACUUUAACACGCAGACGCUCAUUUACAAGAUUUUCAAACACUCUCUUUUUACUGGCAUUGAUCAUGGGUGAGCUGGUCAUGAAAUACAGCGAGAGAAACUUGCACACAUUGCACCUCUGUCAGAUGUGUGUUGACUGAGUCAGCAGCUGAUACAGAGUUUGAGCGCAUUAUAGAAAAUUACAGAUUUGAUGUUAACGCUUUCUCUGCCAGAGGAUGUGAUUAUGGCGCCUCUAUCAGAGGUGCAAUCGUCAACAUUUGAUAUCAUUAGGCGUCCUUUGUGUUUGUAUUUUAUCUCAGGUCAGAGUUCAUUUCCUGGCAUUCUUAUGUCAGUGGUGCUAUUAACUUCACCUGGUCUGUAUGAAUUUGAUAAACUGUGUCUUUGUCAUAUUUCAGAUUGUUUU